UUGUUUUCACAGGAAAUUUAUCACAACACAAUCCAAUUUUACCAGCUUCGUGGCACCAGGUGCUAGUAUUUCCUUUUUAGAUUUGUAGAUUGCAGAUUUACUUCACGUUUAACGUUGUUAGAGGUUUCUUCAGAUCGCUCUGGUAACUUGCAGCUGUAUAUCUUGGCGGGAUCUUAGGGGAUCUGUCAACUUGAGUCAUCGUGAAGCAUUGCUUGUGCGGUGAGUAUGAUUUUAUUGUUUUUAUCUGGCGGUUCUAGGUCUAUCUAGUUUGCCCAUAUAUAAAUCAAACUCGAUAACUUUAGGAAGGUUUGAGAUUUGUUACACGAUGUAGGACGUGUCGUUGCCUUAUUCUUCGCAACGAAGAUAAUCUCACACGUACUCAGCUGUUUGCAGCACCUUGGGUAAGUUCGGCAGUGUUUAAGCUUAUAUACGGCUGGUUACAGUGUGGUUACUGUCAUAAUUUAAGACUCUUUUACUCAAGGUUCAACCAUGUUUAAAAUGGGAACCUCUCUAAUGAUGCCCACAUUCUGGGUUAUCCAUAUGUGUUCCUUAACGUAAAUUUUUUGGUCUUUCCGUACAAUUAGAAGAAAGGAGAGUCCAUAUGUCGACAAAGUAAGCUUACAUGCAUGUAAAAACUUUGCUCGAUCGAGGAUAAGGUGCCCGCUACACUCUAGACGCCAGAGAAGUAAGCAAUUAUUUGCGCUUCUUUCAGUAUGUGAAACAGAAUAUUGCUUUAAUUUUUUAGCGAUAAUAUGGUGAACAGCCUUGUCAAUAAAGUGAAUCUAUCAUGAACUUGAUCAUGAGAGAGGCUCAAAACAGUUUUCAUUAAAAUCAUUUUAAUCUGCAAAAUCACUGGCAACGGGGUAAACAAUAUUUGAUUCAGUUUGAGUUUUCGGGUGAUCCUAAGUGUUGUUAAUAGCUUUUCUAGUGCUCUAUUUACAAGAGACGUAUUUAUAGUAGGUUCAUUUGAAUUUCAAAAUGUUUUUUAAUUAUAAUAAUAUCACUUAAAUUGGAAAAGUCCAAUAUAAAACAUACGUGGCUGGACGAUUUUUUAUGCCUUUUAAAAAAGUAGGGGAUUUUCCAAAAAUUGCUUGAGUUUAUUUUUUUUUCUGCAGCUGGGCUUCGAUAUACUUUUUUAAAUUCUUGAUUUCAUCAGUUCACAUGUAGCAUUAAAUUGGACAAGUACACUGGCCAUACUUUUGCUUUUCUAUGGAUAAGAUAAAUGCAUUAAAUACAAACUUAAUUCAUGAGCAGUGUUAAUUUUCAUGUGUUUCUUCAAGUUUCUAUUUAUACAUAAAAAUAUAUAUCCAGGGAUGUCCUUAAGAGCCAGCUACCAGCUAAUUUUGCCUGCUGCAAAAAACCUUACCACCAGUUCAACUGGUAAUUUUGAAGGUGCAAUUGAGAGAAAAAACCAGCUUGACUGAUAAAAAAGCCUGCAUAGCUUUUCCAUAGCUACAUCCUGAUAAAAAUAUACAUGUACAGUAUACCUAUCUGAUUAAUAUUAUACAUAUCAAGUCUGUGGCCCUUUUACAGUCUUAACUUUUCUGACUGUAUGAUGCUCUCUGUAUUUUAGUCAUGUUUUAAUGCUGGUUUCGCCUUUAAGGUAUACCUUACUGCUGAGUUCCCCUUAACUUAGUGGGGUGGGCCAUAUGUAUGUCCCUAGUCUGAAUUUCAAAUACAGUCAUUUCAUGUUUUGAGGAGUAGGUCAUGUCCCUUUCACUUUCAAGCAAUCUUUAUGUCAUUUGUUGUGUCAUCAUUUGGCCAUGUAAGGGCCUCACUACUACCUGAGAAACAUUGUUAACUUCAAAGGAGAAUUUAUGUUGCUACUGAUCAUGCGAUAUUGUAGACAAGAGGUAUAUAUCCGUGGAGUACUAAUUUGGGAGCUGCAAUGUUAUUAUUCAAUAUAAAGUACACAGUGGAAAAUUCCUGCCAUACAUUCAGUCAUACUCAUGCCAGCAAUAAUUUUUACUCAGCAAUCUCAGUUUUUAGACUGCUUAUUUAACAAGGUAGCCUUUGGCAGGUUCUACAGUUAUUAGUUGAUUUAGUUCUGAUACCAAGAAAGGAUGUAUUGUAACGUCAGCUGUCAACAGACACCAAAGCCCUUCUUCAGUCCUUUUUUGUUUUGCUAAUAUGGGCACCUUUUUACAUUUAACAAACUUUAAGGAAACUUUUAAUCAGUCAAGUGGCACUUGAAAAGAGCAUUGCCCUGUUAAAAGGUAUGAAAACCAAUAUCACCUGGGAAGUUGUUGACAUUCAACUGUUACCUUAGACCACGACAGGUUUCCAUAUUGUGGUUUUAUGUAACUGGUUUUACAUGUUUUUAAAGUGUAAUUUCUUUUAUUUCAAACUCAUACCCAAAGACAAAGAAAAGAAAAAUUUAAAGCAGGUGUCAGUGAAAAACAACUUCUACAUGAAGAAAGGUUAUUCAGUGACUUAGAGUAAUUCAAGUUUUCAAAGAAAAAUAAAAAAGUGUUACACUUAUACAGAGGGUUUAGUGCAAAGGCUAGUUUCCUACUCACCCAUAAGCUAAAGUAAUUCAGUGUGGCCCUCUGAGUACUGCUUAACCACAGCCCUGGUACCUUGCCAAAGUUCUUAUUUAAAUCCUGGCAACUGACCUUAAACCAUUGCCUUUGCAAAAGUCAGUCAAAAGUGAGUCAGUCAAGUACUUUAUAGGAAACUAGCCUUUGCACUAUGCACUAAACUCUCUAUGUAAGUGUAACACUUUUUUAUUUUUCUUUGAAAACUUGGAUUACUCAAGUCACUGAAUAACUGACUUUUGUCAUUGUUAUUCCUUUGCUAUAUGGUAAUUUGAAACAAUAAUUGAAAAACCCAUGUGUCAGGGGUAAAAACGAUGGUGGAGUUUACAUCUUUAUAAAGAAUAAUCUAUUGAUGAUUGUUCAAAAGGUAGAAAACCCCAUCCGUCAGACAAAAUUCUGUGACAUUUAUACUGAAACAUAGUUGGUUUUGCUCAUACUAUAGUGUACUACAGUGGUUUGAUCAUCUCAAUGAGACAACUAAAGCAGUCUGUUCCUUAUUUGCACUCACUAGACCUUACAUGGAUCAGGUGACCAUGUACAUGUAAGGAUCGGGGUCAUAAAACAACGUCCUAAGUGAUUAUUACCCAGAGUAAAGUCUAAGUGACUUCUGAUAAAAUGCUGUAUUCUCAUUUCAAUUACCUUGAUCAGGAGUCAGUUAAGGCCUUAUUCCACAUGCCCCUUUAUUGUUAAGAAUACUUUUCUUUCAAUAGGUAGACAUAUUCUUUCUCUCUAUGUAAAAAGUAGUCAAAGACACGUAGGCAACAUUACUCGUAAACAACCGAUUAUAUAUUUCUACAAUACCAUGAGUCAAGGAAAUAAAGGGAGAUGUAAAGAAUCAACCAUAAGAGGACACAGAAAAAUCUGAGCCCCAGAUGGGAUUCGAACCCACAACCCUCCGUGUUCUAGAUCGGAUGCUCUAAUACCAUGAGUAGUUCUUGUAUUGCUUUUUGUUGAUUUGACUUAAUAUGCAAUAUAUUACUGGGGACUUUUAGAUGCAACAUAGAGUAAUUAAGUAUAGUAGGAUGUCUUACAUUUUUAAGUUACUAAGUUAAUGGUAUAUACUGUCACAUUGCAAUAAUUUUUUGUACAUAAAAGUUUUAUUUAAACCAUUUGUGCAUUGGCCAGCUAAACCUCUUUAAUGCUGGACUCUGCACUUAAAGUCAUUCUCUAUUUUUUUUUUUUCAGAAAUAUGGACAUGUGAUGCCCAGAGAAGAUGAAGGGGAGGAAGCCCAGUUUUGAUUUUAUUUUAAUGAUACUUAGGUAAAGUAAUUUUUGGUAAUUUUUUAAAGUUUUAGUUAAUCCACAGGGCAAGAAGUUCUGCAUAGCAUAAUAAUAAAUCAUUAUAAUUUAUUGGUUGUCCAAUCUCCAGCUAAAUAAGUGAAUACUAAAAGUAGUCUUUCUUAAGCUAACAUGAGCAUCAAUAAACUUAUUUCCAGGAUCCACUUGUCUCCUAAAUAAUUAUCUUAAAAUGGUUGCCAAUUCCAAAGAGUGAGUUGCCAGGAAUUUCUUUUAUAAAGUAAACUAUGUUGACACCACGAGAGACCAUAUACAAUGGAUAUACUUGAAAUCCAAGAUGGCGGCCAGUAGCAGAUUUUCCUCACAAAAUAACUGGAAACAUGCUGAUUUUCUGUAACAAGCAAAGAUGCCCACAGAUUGAUUUUUUGCACGAUUUCAAAUUUAUAAGUUUUCGUGAAAAAAAUUAUUGUAGUCAUCAAAUUGUCUGUUUAUUGUCAGAAUUUUAUGCCCCCGCUUUCACUGAUCAACUAACAAAAUGAAGAUUUAAGCAGUACUAAAACUGCUGGAAACUGUUUUAAGUUGCCUUUAUUUACUGCCGAGCACUGUAAUCAUUAUGGAGGAAAUUUGAAAUGUUAAAUAUUGACAAAUAUAAAAUGUGAGGUCACAGGCAAUUGCAGUAGAUGAUGAUCUCUGUGAGCUGCUACUUGAAGCAGUACCAACGAAUUAAGACGAAAACACUUUUAUUGUUCCUCAAUAUGAACGAUACCAUAUGGACCAUACUUUACCACAGGAGGCAACACCCACUUCUUACACCAAAACUCGAGUGAAAACAAAGUUAUUGUACUUUGUCCAUGAUGUAGGAUUAAAGGGCCAUGUGUUGUCUUUUUUCAUUUUUAUAGUGUACCAGGCUAGACAUAUAAAGCUAUGCCUGCCCUGACGACCAAUUCAGUCACGCUUGAUGAGAUUCUUGAGGUGCGUGCAGGUCCUUUAAAAGAAGAGGAGCUUUGGGCAAUACUCAGUCAUUCAAGUGAAGCUCUGCAAGAUGUGCUUAUUAAAGGUAUAGCAGUUAAAUGAAGCGUUUUCUGAGGGCUUAUACAUCAACUGUAGGAAGGGGGUUUCUCAUCUUUACAUUAGACAGCUUAAUGUUUGAGACAACUGAAACUGUUCAAAAGUACAUUGCUUCCUCUUAUUUUUAAUGUGUCCUGCCUAUCCCCCAUUACACCUGGUAGGAUGUCUGACUCACCCUAAAUGCCAGAUGUGUGACAUGUCCUCUAGGCUGCAUAAAACAGCCAAUUAUUUGGAGGAAGGUGAUUGAUAAAAUUGACUAAGUACAGUGAAAGCCAUUAGGAUGUGUGGGAUGGCUUUAUUUUCAUGAAAAAUGUAGCCUUUGUUGAACUUGAAGGCAGUCUUACUCGGUUACUCAAUUUAUGUACGUGAAACAGAAACUGUAUAAGAUUGCAGAAAAUUAUAGCCAUCUCUGUGUUCCUGUAUGCCUGGAAACUUGCAGUUUCCCAUUUUUCCUGUGUAAUCAUCAUUGAAUUAGAAGCGUGUAUGUGCUCUCAUGGUUCAGUUUUGUGCAUGCUUCAAUUUUUUCCUUUGUUUUGGGUAUGAUAAUAUAUGAUGAGGACUUUCAAACAAACUUUAAGGGCUUACAAAAAUUAAUGAACCACACCAUAAAAUGUACAAUAUUAUUGUCAAAACUGCAGUGUUUUGCAGAUGUAGAUUGAGUUUUACCCUUUGAAAAUUUAUAUUAGGUAAAGCAAGAAAAAAAGGCCUGCUCACCUACACAAUUACACCAGAAAGUCUACUCCUCUGCCAUAAUGGGAAGGUCAAAUUCUCACUGCAUACAGGUAAUUCAGCAGUUUAAUGAUUAUUAUAUUGAUACAGCUGAUCCUUCUGUCCUGCAUGGGUGUUGAACAGUGAUGACUUGUUCUCCCACUUAUGCUGAUGAGAGUUAUAUGAUGUAAUAUUUUAUUCACCUCUCAUGUCUGAGUUCAAUGCCCAUCACCAGAAAUUUUACUCCAUAUGUGCUGUAUGAUACUGGGCUAGUACAGUACAGUCAACUCUCUCUUAACGGACACCUCUAUAAGAGGGACACCUCUAUAAAACCGACACCUAGAGUUGGUCCCUGCCUUUCUUUGCUCCCUCUAUUUGACUUUCUAUAAGACGGACAUCUCUCUAAGACGGACGGCUAGUGCCGGUCCCAAAGGUGUCCGUCUUAGAGAGAGUUGACUGUACAUGUACUGUCCAGGGUUCUUUUCAAGAAAUUCUGGAUCAUUACAUGUUUCGGGGAAACUACCCACCUACUUCUCCCCUAAUAUAUAAGCCAACAUUAACACUGACAUUGUACUUCUCACUUAGGGCAAAAUGUUGGCUUAGGGGACGGGUAGGUGAGCAGUUUCCCAGAAACAGUACAUGUAUAAUGAUCCGAAAUUCUCUUUUUCAAGUUCAUGAAGGUUUUAUGUUAUAACUGCAUUGUCAUAUAUAUGUGCAUGCAACAGUGUAUUGCAAGUUAUUGAAUGGUGUCUGUAUGCAUGUUAAACUGCCAAUGACAGAAGUUAAUAAAUGCAGUGUGGGCUAGAAAUGUUAAUUCAAUUUUAUUAAUGCUGAGUUUUGCUAACAGCAAAUGCAUUGGGCAACGGCAUGCAAAUAUUGAAAAUUUGAAUUACUAACUGCUUAGAUUAUGAAUUAGCUGUGAUAUAAUUUCAAAUGCUUCAACCUGAAAUUAUGACUUCAAGACAAAAGUCAUAAAAAUUGUAAAAAUCUAAAGCUUUACACCGUGAACCCUGCUUGCAAAUUCCUUAGUUCCAGCUAAAGCUCGCAAAUUGUCUGGUAAAGCGAUCCAGUGUUUUGCAGCAUAAUAGCUAAAAGAAUUUAUACCGCGUUUGGUGCUAUUCUUAAAUCAAUCAAUUUUUUAUUAGCAUGAUUUUAGAACCCAACUAUAUAUGGUGUCAUACCCUUAUCAAUCACGGAACCAGUUUAGAACAUGUGGAAAAUUAUGCAGCAUUUGCUAAUUUACUUUUCAUGCCCUAAAAUUUGUAUUCAAGUUUCAUCAAGAAAUCGCUCCUUCACUGCUCCAGAAAUGUACUCCAAACACAGUAAACCUCUUGGAAGUGAGGCAACCCUUGAAAAGGUAUUUAAUAACCCUUAAGCGUGGUUUUCACUAGUGACACAAGCAUAAUGUAAGUGUUGCGUGACAACAAGCACAACAACGACAACAAAAAAUGCACGAGAAACAGAAAAAAUUAAUUUGGGGCUUUUUCUUACAGCUGUAUGUGGACAAACAGAUUUAUUGUGUGCUUUUCUCAGGCUUGUGCUUUUGUCACUAGUGAAAAUGUCCUGAAAAAAAGUGGUAUACAGCUAUUUCGAGAAAGGUUGUCGGAAAAAGUGCACGUGACAGUCCCGAAAGGUAUUGUGGGUGGUUUUGGGUGCCUUGUUCUUCAAAGAAAUUUGAAAAAAUGGCAUUGGAGGCCACGGACAUAUGUUUGCGAGUGCUCAAGGAAAGCAACAAAAGUAUGUUUGACAGCUGCAGUCGUCAGGAACCAUUUAUUGAUCAUAUCCCAUAUUUUCUUUGGGGAUUGUCGCGUGCACAUUUUUUCCGACAACCUUUCUCGAAAUAGCUGUAUGCAUAUAAAGAAAACAGUAGGUAACCGAAAGAAUGUCAUAAUGAAAAAAUGCGAUUUUAUGCGAGCAUUGCAUUCAUUAGUCAGUUUGACUGUAGGAGAUUACAUCAUGUGUCAUUUGCUCACUAAUAUUUUGCUGGAAGAUGACACUGUAAGUAAGUAACAGAAAAAUAUUUUUAAAUUUUCACCACAAAAGUGGUCGCACUAGAUACUUUAGGGACAUUUCAACUGCAGUGCUCUGACUGGAAAAAUUAUGGCGUAUUGAAGAGUUAGAGGUAUUGGAAGUGUGAUUAUUUUUUUUACAUACUGAGCAAUCAUUGAACUAAAAUGAAAUUUUAGCUUUUUCAAUAAAUUUGAGAGCUUGGUCCUGUAAGGAGUAUGUACAGCUGUAGUAGUUAAACUAUUGGAGUCAAGAAUGUGUUGUUGUUUUGCAAUUUUUGUAACUGUUCCUGCCCCAAAUAUUAGAGACCUUAAGAUACACCGUUUCCGUGUACGGGUACGGGUAAAUUAGCCGUUCAUGUAGCCAUUAAUACGGGAAGAUUGCUUCUUAAUUACCUGGGAGAAACGGGUAGGCUACUCUAUAAAAUGGUUUCGCCAUUAUCACAUCUGGGAAAAAAUGGUUGCUUUUUACAAAACUACGACCUAAACAUGUUUGCUUACCCAUACUCGUAGGUUGAAAUGGUGUAUCUUAAGGUCACUAUUGAAGGUUACCAAAAGUCAAGGCAAAGUUUUGUUUGUUAUGCUAUGUCUUUGCAUGAUUGUCAAGUGAACAAUAUCUCACAGCUUAUACUUUUUGUACUUUGUAUCUCCAGAUAUGCAUUUACUCACUUGGUAUGACAUUAUAUCACGCAGCAGAGUAUGAAAUUCCUGUUGGAAAGGUAAUUUACAAUAAUAUUAUUUGAAUACCCCUUCUUUAAUUUGCUUCAAAGAAUUUAUACCAAGAGAAGAACCCUUUAUUUUAGAGACCGUGUUACUAUUAUAUAGCAACUCUAGGAUUUCAUGGUAAUGAGCAUUUCCAGUACCAUGUCAUUACUGUGGUCUUAAAAUAACAGAACCGAAAAAUAGUUUCCCAGUGACAUUUUCAGCCUCAGGGAUCAAUUUACCAAAAUGUACUGUUUUUCCACUCUUAUUCUUACAAAUGUAACUACUUACUAGUAGAGCAAUUCUUUAGUUAUGGCUUGGCUUAUGAAACUAUAAGGUUGUUUAGCAUCUAUCAGUUUUCCAUUGUUCACCGUCUUGAAUCAUUUCCAAAGUGCAUUGAAUGUUACUGGCCGGUUUAUGGCUUCCAGUGCCAAGAAAACAUUUAGGAGGUGGGCUCCCAUGAAUUUUCAGGGAACCAAAAAAUUGUUACAGAUGGUCUCUCAGGAUCUCUGGGCAUGGAACUGAAAAAUCGUCUUCCAUGGGGUUUGAAAACCUAGGGCUUGUAUUUGUACAAGUAAUUGUACUUUUGGUGGGCUUUUGGCAUGAAAUUUUUUGCUUUAGGCCUCAGAUUAGCUCCUUGUGAGCAUUGAGAAAAUGUUUAAUUUGAAAGCCUUGAGGAACUUUUCCUCCAGAAGCCCUGUCACUAUUGUUCGGUCAGAGUGAAAAAUAAAAUGUUACAGGUCAAAAUUAAAUUCAAGUUAAAAUUUUUUAACCUAGGUUGAUUCUCAAUUUUCUUUGUCUCCUAGCCCUAAUUAUUCAUGAAUUAGGUCUAGGAGACAAAUGAAAUUGAGAAUCAGCCUAGGUUCAAAAAUGUAACCUGAAAAUAAUUUUGACUUGUAACAUAUAUAUUAUUAUUAAUGAUUUAAUGCAAACAGAAUUUUACCCAAAGUUACAUGUACAAAAAAAACAAAAAAAAAAAUAUUGUGGCAUUCUAAAAGUAACUUAAAUUGGACAGCAUAGAUUCUGCUGCAAUCUUUGUUAGGUUUUAAUAAUUAAAACUAAUUGCACUGUCAUAAACUACCUGCCAAGGUCCAUCACAUCCAUGACAACAGACUAAAACUUCCUUAGGUUGAUGACAAAAGAGUUCCUUUAUUUGCUUUUAAAUUAGUGCUGUUCAUGUUAAAUCAAUAUUGAAAUACAUUCAUUUACCAUAUGUAGGUAAGAAUGGAAAGGUUGGCAUGAGACUCCAUCCAGUUUUUUCUUUUCAAAUGCUUAGUUUCUUUCAUAUUUUGUUUUAGCGGUUUUUUUGACGGCCUGGCUUUAAAGAUUUUAUUCCCUGCCAGAUUUCUACUAUCAAAUAUCACAUACUUGCCUUCAGCUUUAACUUCCGGCAUUUUUUUGUCUCCACAGCCAGUAAAUUUGAGUGAAAGUUUGGAGGGUGUCUUGCUGUCAAUGUGUGAGGAAAGCUCACAGCUGAGGGCUCCCCUUUUAAAGGUUCUUGAGGUAUGUUUGAUAUAUGAAUAGUUAGAUAUUUUUUAGGGACAUGCUGUAUUUCCAUUGUUAUAGUGGUUUAACAGAGUACAUAUACCUUGUAGUACUGUGGUGCCCCAGGCACUAAUCAUUCAAGUUUUCACAGUAAAAGAGUGUUUUCGUGCAUGCUGGUUGGUUAAGAGCUACACCCUGGAAAUGUCAUGGAAACACGUGAAAAUGUCGUGAUGAUGGUUCAGUUUUGGGUCUAAUUUUGUAAAAAAACUUUUUCAAAAAUGGGCUUCAAAAACUGUCAAUGUUAUUGUAAAAACAAAUCAACAACAAUUAAUUUUCCAGUGGUCUAAACUGUAUGCUCUUAUCAACCCUAGAAUUAAUGAUGUAAAAAUGUUAAAAAAAAAUUUUGCAUUAACACUACUCACCUGCAGUGCAUGGUUCCACUUGAGAUUUGAACAUUAUGACGUCUUUUCUGUAGUCAACAAGAGAAUAUACUGUGGAAAAUUGUUUUUGAUUUGUUAUAUUUAUGGUGUGUGCAUCGUUUAAUUAAAUUCAGCUGUUGUGUGUGUACUCUGUAGGUUUGUCAUGCACACCGCAAAAGACGGCGCUUUGGUGAUCUUAUUGCUUCCAUGGUGACUGCUGUAUUAGGGGAUGAUGUUCCAGAUGUAAGUCAAUAUCACUGUUACUUAAGACAUAAUAUUUGUUAGAAUUUUUUGCUGUAACAUGUCCCAAUGACGCUACUUUUUUAUUUUACUCAGAAUGAUUCAGAUGAUCACAGUUUAGAUGAAGAAACAGUACAAAUCAGUCACUCUGAGUUCAUGAAUGGAGCUGAGGUAUGAUUUAUGUUCACUCAGUAAUGUUCAAUUGGGGCAGCAAGGGUGGCACAGUGGUGAGAGCACUCGCCUCUCACCAGUGUGGCCCGGGUUCAAAUCCUGUCGUCAAAGCCAUUGCCUUUGCUCCGAGAGAUUUUUCUCCUGCUACUCCUGUUUUCCCUUGUCCUUAAAAGCCAACACUUUCAAAUUCCAAUUCGAUAUUGAAUGCAUGGACAAGUUUCAGUGAGUUCAUAAGAACUCCCAAGUGCUCCAUGGGUAAACAAAGCACAAUUACUAAAGAAUUACAGUUACAAUAAUUAUUAAUAUUUUAAUUUUGGUUGUGAAAAUAUGCAAGUUUCGUAUUCCUGGGCGGCCUGGGCGAGUAUUUGUUUUCGUGCAAAAGCAAGGCUAAUGCAGGUCACUUCUUACCAAGAAGUACCAAGAAGAUAAACAAACAGGUGAAAACUGCAGCUGAGUUGACGGAAAACAAGGGAAAUCUUAAACAUUGAAAUGUUGAAGAGGGUUUAAAUCUAACUUACAAGCUUGAAAAAAUCACAGAUCUAAACCUGUUUAAAUUUGCGUUCAAUCUCAUUCAAAACUGGCAAAUGGAUGCUUUACAAAUUCAUUUGAUGGUGCUUAUUUUUAGUUAGCAGUUAUGGUAGAAGGAGAUGAAAGUAGCUAGCUGAGGGUGGCUAACUAGUCGGCAGUUUUGGCCGGCUACCGGCCCUUAUUGACAGCCCUGUACCUUCUAUUUUAGUGGACAUACUUGUCGAAAUCCUGCAAGUUAAACGGAAACCUUUUUUCGGUUGACAUUUUUCUAACGAUACAAAUUCAGAAUCUUGAAUUUGUACAUUUGAAACAAUAAAAAACUGCACAAGUACGAUUGGUGGAUAAAUGUCUAUUCUUGUAGGACAGGGCAGACAGCCUGCGUACAUUCCUUUCUCUGUAAGGAAGUUCAGUCGGUUUGAACAGAGAUGACUUAAAAUGAAUAAGUUUAUUAAUACAUUUAGCUUACUUUAUUUAUCAAAAAUAUUCAGUCACAUGUAGAAAAACAACAUACGCUCAUUUCAUUUAACAAGAAAUUAAACGCAGAAUUUUAUACCGACAAUACACUGAGCAGUUUAAACUCCAUUUAAGAGAUAUACACAAGAGUAAAACAGAAAAACAAGAAGUUUGAAAAUUCAAGGGAAUGGGUAGAAUAUUGUUAUUUUAACAAACUUUACCAUUUUCAAACUUCAAAAGUUUACUUCUUGGUUUCGCUUUGUCGUUUUUUUUUUCAUUUCUCUGUUAUUAUGACCAGCUCUACCACCAGUUUUGUUCAUUGAAAACAUAUCCUUUUAGCUUACUGGUAAAGUUUAAGGUUUGAAAUCUUACUGUUUUAAUGCUUUAUAUAUUUUUUCAUUGACUCAGCCGCAAUUUACCUAUGUUUGUUUUUGUUUUGACCAAGAAGUUGACCUGCAUUAGCCUCGCAGUCAUGCUAAGAAGUCUGUCAUGUCCCAGGGCUGUCCAGGAAUAUGAAACUUGCCUAUUUUACACAGUCAGAUUGAAAAGAAAAAGAAAAAUGCACUUUUAUUUGGGUAUCAAAAUUUGUUUAGUGCACAUGUACUAAUAGGGGAAACUGCUGUCAAUUCAGGGUGCAAAGAAAGUCAGUUUCACAGCCUGCCAUUCGCAUGUACUAGCCAACAAGUCAUUUCAACUAGCCCCAAAACCCUUUUUGAUUAGCAGGAUUGAUUACCAUCCUUCUGUAAUUUGAAUUUCCCAAAAACACAGCACUUGCCCAUCGGGCAAGUUAAGGACAAAAAUCACUAGCCCGAUAGCAAAAUCCACCAGCCCCGGGCUAUCGGACACGACUUUCUUUGCACGCUGCAAUUUUUAUGUCUCGUACUGGAGAUGAGACAACCAUUUUCUGGGUCAUCUGAGCCAUGCAAAGGUGUAACCGAUUGCAUGGCAAAGGCAAUACCUUGACAUCUCUCAGUUAUUUUAAGACCUUGAGUGUUAGUCUGGCCCCGGGUAUCUAGUUCGCGACACCAUUCUCUGCAGUUGAGCUAAUCCAGCCACGAUUGAUUAAUGAUUAAUUGUGUUAAUGUUCUCUGUUCAGGUUUCCCUAAUACCAAGUCCUGAUUUGGCCAGUCCUCGCAGUUUACCAUCCCCUCCACCAUCAAGAAUCAGCACCAAGGCUCAACCAACAUCACAAGAAUUAGUCGGCUCCAAUGAUCGUCGCUCAGGAUCAGCAAAUGAGUUGGACCUGUCACCUCGCCAAAGCAAACAAAUCCCUCACAUCCUAGGUAAUAAGCUCAUUAUUAUUGUAAAGGGAUGCUAUAAUUAUGCAACAUAUGUUAAUUGCAACACCUCGCAAAGCUGUGAUGAGGGGAUGCAAAAUGAAUAAAUUGAAACAAGACAAAACGUAAAAUACCGUAAAAUUCUGAAAAUAAGCCCCUCCAAAUAUAAGCCCCCUAAACUCAUAACACAGUGCAGCUAGAUGCAAUGUCAAAUUGAAUGACAUUAAUUGGAGCUUAGUAGCUAGAUCAUUGGUAGGCAACUCUAAAUACCAUUUGGAGAUUUGUUGUUUAUUGGUUUUUCACAGUGAAAAUAGAUCAGUUAAUAGACCCUAGUUCUUAACCAAUCAAUGUUUGGGAAAUGACUCAUUGUAAAAAAAGGAUUUUAAAAGCCUUGUUGCUUCUUACAUGUAUCUAAAACCCAGUUUUGUUUGUAUUUAUUACCAGAUAAGUACAAGGACCGUCUGGAUCGUUCAAGGAGAGACAGAAAUCAGUCAAGUUUGCCAUCAAACUCAUCAGAUGGAUUGAUAUCUAUUCAUCAGUCAAAGACAAGCCCUCAUAACCAAUCAGAGUCUAGCGAGCCAAUUAGAAAUGGUACAGGUGAGCACAGAAGACCAAGGAGUUCAGCUGCAUUCCAGAAUGGAACAUCAAAGGAUCCUUUGCCACUCUCAGGUACAAGCAGCAUGGGUAGAUAUAGACAAAGCUCUCUUCAGGAUCACACACCUGAGGCCGGGUACUUUGAAGGUCCAGCUGAAGGACUUGCUUCUGAGAGACAUCCAAGACCUGACUUGGUUUCCUCCUCAAGUAAGUUGAAAAGAAACGCAAAACAAAACAAAAAAACAGUUUACUGUACCUUGCAGAAGCUUUUUUGAAGUAGAAUGUGAAAAGCACUUUUUUCUUUAAUACAGUGGAACCCUGCCUUACGACCACCCUAUUUUUAUUUUAUAAGACCACCUCGUUAUUACGGCCAUAUUCUUUCAAACCAAACGUAAAAACCAUUGAGUCAUUUUAUUAUUUUGAGGACCCCAUUAAUACGACCACCUCGUUAUUACGACCAGGAUUUUAUGGCCCGACGGUGGUCACAUUAACGGGGUUCCACUGUAUGUGACUAUGCUUGAAUGCAGGAUAUGAAGCUUUGAGGCUGAGGUCAAAAUAGGGGGUACCCUUAGCUUACCACUGUGUUGUCAUUCAAUAUACUGUCUCUCAAAUUUCAGGGGUUUCCACCCUGCGUCGUUAUGACAGUGAUGCUUCGAUAACAGACUCUUCCUCAAUGGUAUCUGGCCCUCGGUCAUCCGUGCUGUCCGAUGGGCGUUCUUCCAUGGUGUCAAUCACACAAGGUAGCUAUGUUCCUGAUUCAUACUUGACAGAUGGUUAUGAGAGUGAACCAUAUCUAACAAGUAUAGGAAGUUCAGCAUCUAGAGCAGCCUUCAGAUUGGGAAAAGAUUCUCCAAAAUCCAGGUGAGAGAAAAGCACUUUCCCUUAAGACACAAACUGCCUGGCUUGCUUCCUGUGUCAGAACCUAGUCCAGCUUUUGCCUCAAAGUUAUGCAUUUCUCUGAAAGGGUUUAUGUAACAAGGGAACAAAUUGUUACUGUUCCCAGUUAUCCAUAUAUAUAUACCAGGAAUUAUUAGCAAAAUGGCGUACUUUUGCUUUGUAACUCCAAAUAUUGUACCUUUAGCCUCAGUAUGUUUGGAUUGUUUACAGUCACAUUCCACAGGUUAGAGCAUGGGCCCGGGUUGUUCAAAUGUUGGAUAGCACUAUCCGCUGGAUAAAUCACCAUCCAGUGGGUAAGUAUUUGGGAAACCAGGAAACCAAUGAUUAUGCUCUCUAGGGUUACAAAUUCAUCUAGUGGGUAGCGCUAUUCACCUUUUGAACAACUGGGGCCGGAUGAAAAAAAAAAAAAGAAAAAAGAAAAAAACAGCUCAAAGUUUCUCUAACCCUUAACACUAUCCAGAAUCAGGGGAAAAUGUUUUGCUUUGUAAUAAUAAAUUGAUAAAUAAAACAGUUUCUUUAGCCCUGUUGAAGGUGGCCUGUUAAGGAAAUCUCCCUCUUAAAACUGGGAUUGGCUCCAUCCUGCUCCAGCACCGGACUGUGUGACUCACCUUUCAAUUUUUUGUCUUUUCUGUAAUGAAGUGAUCGUCCAUAUUCUUCAACAAUGGACUUAAGAAAACAAGUACUAACCCAGAAAAGCUUCCCUGAAAUUGAUACUGUGGACUAUGGCCAUCACCCACCGCAGCGCUUCCUCUCUGUUCCUGAUAUACGUGUCGGUAGUGCUGCUUCAAAAAGUGCAAAACCCAUUUCCGGGUCAAAAACUAAACUGGGGGUAAGUGUGAAAGAUGACUUCUUUUGGAUACUUCUGCAAAGUUGUUUUUUGUUCAGACAACUGAACAAUAGAAAUGCUGAAAAUGAUAUUGUUUUUAUAAUAAUUAUUAAAACAGAAAGCUUACAUGUAUUUGGCCCUGAAACUCCCAUACUUAUUACAUAAAUCAAUGUUUACAUAAUCAGUCUGGUAGUCAUGGGGUUCCAGAUGUACAAUUGGUUGAUUUUUUGUUUCUCGUUGUAGAGUAUUAAUGUAAAGUUUUGAUUUCUUCUGUAAAUGUGUAGCAGCAAAGCUCAAAUGCUUCUUGGAAAAUAAAGAAGAAUAUAUUUUACCAAUAACGAUUGUUAAAAAGAGAUUUAUAAUGUUUACAUUAAUGUUGAUCUUUGUGAUCUUUUGUCUUUUGUCAGUCAUUUGUAAACAAUCGUUACUACAUGUAAAUAGUUAUACAUGUACUUUCACCAAUCAGCGCUCGUUAACCAGAUUCUUGACAAAUCCAUGUCAGCAGUAUGGAAGUUUUUGGGGAUGAAUUGCAGACAUCUCUCCUGCGAAAAGUCCCUAGUGGUGAGGAAUGGGGAGAGAUAACUGUAUUUGCAGGCUUACUUCUUCUCUUAUGCUAAGAUUAUGUAACAUAACUUUGUUUUCUCAUCCUUUUUCCAGGCUUUCUUUGGACCAGAGUUUGUUAAAGUAGCAGAAGAUCCAAAUCUAUCAGUUGUCAACAUUUCACCGGUAAUUAUUAUUGUUACAGUACAACAGAACUACAAGUAUAUUAAAAGUAAUUGUGCUUCAAAGGCAGUAUUUCUUUGUAACAUAAUAUAUACUAAACCCAUAUGGGUAGGCAUUUUUCAACCAUGCAAAGUUCAUGCCAAACAGAGAAAAGAAUCAUGACUUAAAUGUGUCCAAAUUAUAAAUCAACUUGGCAGUCUAGAUCUGUCUAACCAGGUUUGCGAGAAAUGAAAUAAAAAACAUUUAGAAUCGAUGAAAGGAGAACGAUAGUGAAUACCAAAUUUGUGUUGUAUUCAGCUUCAUGUUGAAUUGUUUAAGGGAAAAAAGGCCUGGUUUUCAUAUGUUGGGAAAUCCCAAACAACUGGAAAUUUUACUUUUUCUUGACUGUCCCAGAUUUUGCUGACUAAUGAAAACUUGAAAUCAUGGAUUUCCCAGAUGUUUUGGAAUGGUUGGGACAGAUUUUUUGGGCAUUUCAAAUGUUCUUAAGCAACACAGAUUUUUGUGAUGGUUGGUUCUCCAAUUGCCUGGGAUUUUCCCAGCGAGACUCAUCAAUCUGUUUGCUCAUGCAGUUAAAAUGUUUUAUUUGCUUUAACAUGUUUGUGAUGCUUACCAGAGGAAAGCCGGUUCCAUUCCACAUGGCAGACGACUGGUCUCUGUAAUUGUGCUUAAUGGACAGAACCUCCAGAUAAUGAUUGAGGUAUAUAUCUAUAUAGUUUUCAUUAAUUUGUUGUUACUGUGGCUGUCUUGGUGGUCUAGAACAACUGACUGUAUCUCCCCUUGUACUAAACUAUUUUUAUGCAAAUAAUAUGAAAAAAUUGUAUCGUACUGACUGCCAAUUGGUCACCUUGCACCAACCAUUAAUUUCAAUUAAAAUGAUUCUUUUACUUGAGAUUGUUUUACUUCUUAUCAGCAGUGUUGCCAAAAAUUUUGGAAGAAGGUGGGAAUAUGGAAAAAGUAGUAGGAUAUUUGACCAGUUCACUAUGUCUAAUUAAGAAAAUUCCAGCCCCUUGGAGCUUCAUUAGUGCAACCGUAGGCCUCUUUUUGUGGAGGCGUGUGUGACUGAGUGGUUAACACCUCGAACUCCAGAUCUGGAGGUCCGGGGGUUCAAGCCUCGCCCGUCGCGUUGUUUCCUUAGACAAGGAACUUUACUCCAUUUUGUCUCCCUUCGACCAGGUGUAUAAAUGGGUACCGGCAACAUAGUGCUGCGGGGUAACCCUGCAAUGGACUAGCAUCCUGUCCGGGGGGAGUAGCAAUACUCCUAGGUGCUUCAUGGUAAUGAAACCAGGAUAAGCUUCGGCCGUUUGGGCAUUUGGCUCGUGAGCGCCUUUACCUUUUUAGGCCUUUGUUUAGAAGUUUAAAAUCAACAUUGCCUGUUAUAAACUUGACACCUGUGAUUGACGCAGUCAAAGAGUUUUUGGGAUAGUUCUGUUUGAGUUUAAAAGUGGUAAAAAUAUCUGGGUUCUUUGGAUUAUUUUUCAGAUAUAAGCAUUGCUUGUUUUUAUGCUGGAGGCUGUUAAGCUAACUGAAUGUUAAUUGGUUCUUGCCAUAUCGCUCAUGGUUUCAGUUUGUUUUUUAAGUUGAAUAAAAUGUCUGUAGUGAUGUAUGCUAUCUCAAACUGUAAGAACUGAGGCAUUAAUCCAACAAAUGACUGAAAAUUGAAAUUUAUUCACCUUGUUUAUAAAUUUCUGGUUAAAUGAUUCAUUCUUUGUUCAACUUUUGAAUAAUUUCAUUCAAUUUUCCAGGCCAACGCUACCACCCAAGUGUUGUUUGAUCAAGUAAUCAAGUACCUAGGAUUAACAGAGAAGUUUUUCUUUGGCUUGACUCAGCUACAAGGUGUGAAGAUAGUCUUAUUAGAGUCUCUUUUUGACCAUUGGUAAUUCUGUAUCCCUGAGUUUGAUCAUCUGAUUUCAAUUUAUUUCUCAGAUGAGGAACACAUAUUUUUAGACUUGGAUGUAAAACUAGCAAAGUACGCCCCACCAAAAUGGAAAGAAGAGGUAUCGCUUUUUGUAUUAGGUUAAAAUGUUAACUUUUGAAUUUUUUUCUUGUAUUUCAGAUAAUAUUAUUGUUCAAAAGCUCUCAUCCUUUUCAUUCUUUGAUUUUUUUUUUUCUGUCAAAGGUAAAACUUCCUACAGCACCCACAGAGCAGUUUGUUUUGUACUUCAAAGUUAAAUUUUAUGUGGAAAACAUUGCUCUUUUAAGGUUAGUACUUUCUUCCAAUCCCAGAUUGUCUGAGCAACAUGCAUAUACCUGCCAACUUUUUCUGAGAUAUAAGCGUGAGAUUUUUAUCCUGGGAGUACUGGGAUUUUUGAAGACGACACGAUCAUUUCCGAAGAUUCCCGAAGAAGUCCGGAGUUUUCCGAAGUCUUCCGAAGACGUCCGAAGUCUGCCGAAGGCGAAGUUUUCACUUGCUUUUCACUUCAAAAAUCAGAGAUCGCGAGGAAGGUAUUGUCAUUUAUUCAUUUUACACAUGGUUUUCUUUCCUUACAUGGGUCUGUGUUAACAUAUUUUUGGAAAUUGUGUCAAGCAAGACGGCAGCAACUCACAUUUUUCAAUCAGGCGUGAGAAAUUGGCCCGCAAGCGUGAGCUGGCGUGAGAUCGAAGUUUUCAACUCGUAGGCGUGAGACUCACGCCUAAGGCGUGAGAGUUGGCAGGUAUACAUGCAUCAUAAAGAAGAAUUGGGUCAAGUCUUUGUAAACUGCUUACCGGUAUGCUAAUGGGAAACAGAUAUCGUUUACAUUGUGCACUUUAAUAAUCAUGAAAAUCUUGCUGCGGUCCCAAAGAAUGUUUGGAACCAGAGAGAAAUGUGGAAUGUGGAGCGCAUGUAUAUAAAGGAGACAAAAAUUGUCAAUCUGUUUUUGGACUUUCAUCAAAGAAUUUGGUUGUUGUUUGUCCAAAUAGUUUUGUCCAACAUGCAAAGUAAUAAAGUGAAUGUACUUGUUCUAGAUACUUUUGGGUGUUUUUCUAUUUUGAAUGUGUCAUUAAUAAACUAUGCCAGCUGUAUUCAUGGUUGUCAGAAAGUUUUGUAGUAGACGGCUGAGUUGUCAAAGUAAGCGGUCAGUCCAGGGAUACUAUAUUAAUUUUAAAAAAUGCCAUCUGUAACGAAAUGCUAAGCUGAGUAGUCGGCCAAUACUAACCAAGUACGCAGCGAUUUUCACCGGCAGCCGGCUAUUUUUGACAACCCUGUGUAUUUAUUAUUGAUGCAAAAUGUUUACUUUUUUAAAUUUUAUUAUUAGAUGUAAAGUUAUUAUAACCUCAUUGCAAUUCAAUUCAGAUACAGUUCACCCAUCCUGUUGUUGUAUAGCACCAGAGCUCCACUUGUCCAAUUGAGACAGAUCCUCUUGAAUAUUUUCUUCUCUGAAUGGCCGUAAACUUUAACUUGUUUGGAUACCCCAUGAAAUGAUGUUAAAUGCUAAAGUUUUUGAAAUCCUUUCUUAUGUGUGCAAUUCUUUUUAUAGCUAUCGGAAGACAGUUCAUCAGUUUUACCUGCAGCUAAGACAGGACAUCUUAAAUGGCCAGCUUUAUUGCCAUGAAGAAGCAUCCUUUGUUCUUGGUGGACUCGCACUACAAGCUGAGACUGGAGACUACAAUGAAGCCCUUGGUUAUGAAUAUUUUCUUCCAGAACAUUACAUUCCAAGCAAGGUAAAGCUCUUCUCUUUGUUGGCGCUCAUUUUUGUCAUAACGUCUUGCAGCUACAGCAAAUCUACAUGUAAAGUAAUCUACCAAGUAUCAAAAUAAUGUGCUCUCUGUGUGAUGCUUUUAUGUUCAUUUCCAAUGGGCAUUUAGUUGUUGUGUGAAAGCUGACAAGUCUAGCCUCCCAUGCACAGGGUGCAAAGAAAGUCAUUUUUACAGCUUGCCAUUCGGGCAAGCUGAAGCUAACAUUAAAUGUUACUAGCCAAACAUCAUUUCAACUAGCCCCAAACACGUUUUGAUGAGCCAGGGCUUCUGAUAUUUCGCGGAAAAAAAAGCAAAAUUCCACGGGAUUUUUGCAGAGAAAAGUCAAAUUUCGAAGGAUUUUCAGAGGUAAAUUCUUAGAAAAAUCGGCCGAUUUCAUGGGAAAUUUCGGGGGAAACUUUGUCAAGAAACAAUCAGUAAAAAGCAGCCAGUUUCGCUGGAUUUUUGUUGGCAAAUUUCCCUAAAAUCGAUCAAUUUUGCGUCGAUAUGACCAGCGUUGUUUAACGUUUUUUUUAACAGGGAUAAUCAUUUAUUUGCUCUUUCAACAACAGUUCGCUUGAGAAAUGAGCGAAUGCUAAAGGUAUUAACAUUAUGGUUAGUGCCCAGUUUUUUGCAACAUUAAUCUAAGAACGCCUGGUAGUUUUGGGACGUUGUUUAUUCAUUGUAGUGAUGAAGUUUCAAGAUAAAUUUGGACGUUUGGGGUGAAUAAAACAGGUCUAGUAGCCAAGAUAAGUAUUAAAUAUGUUUUGCCAACAUUUAUUUGGAAAUAUUUCUGGCGGAUUUUGCGGUAUUUCGCGUUUUUUUGGGAAUUUCGCGGAAUUUCGCGGAAGUACCUGAAUUUUGCAGGUCCGUGACCGCACGAAAUAUCAGAAGCCCUGAUGAGCAGAUGGAUUUCACAGUUCUUCUGUAAUUUGAAUUCCGCAAAGAAACUUCACAUGCCCAUCGGGCAAGCUAAUAACAGAAUUCACCAGCCUGAUAGCAAAGUCCACCAGCCCCGGGCUAUCGGACACUACUUUCUUUAUACGCUGCACACAGAUGUUCUUUUGGCUCAUCAGGCAAUCCUCCAUAACUUUCUUGGGGAAGGAACAGGUGACAAAGCCCAAAGAACAUCUGCACGGGAGGCUAUGACAAGGGCUACUCUGAAAUGAAGCAGGAGAGGUGGUUGUGAUGACUUCAUCAAGCUGGCAUUUCCACAUGCAAUAGAGGAUAGAGUUUUAGGAACAAACAAAUUUUGAGUUUUUAAUCUUCAGGGUUUGUACAGGUCAUGGAAAACCUGGAAAGUGAUGGAAUUUAAGAAUUUCAUUUUCAGGGCCUGGAAAGUCGUGGAAUUUAAUUGUCGGUCCUUGAAAGUCAUGGAAAAUCAAAGUUUUGUUUAAUAGUUUACCGGUAGUGACUGCAGAUGGCAAAGCAAGGACAAUGUAAGAUAGAGAGGAGUAAUUAAAGAGCGCAAAUGGCACCCAUUUUGGUAGACACCAGAGUCUGUGUCUGUUGAGUUGCUUAAGGUCAAAAAAUACCCCCAAACUAGGAAAAUUGUGAAAGUUUUUGAAAGUGACAACUAAACCUAGGGUCAUGGAAAACUUGAAAAGGCCAUGGAAAAAGUCACGGAAACUCAUGGAAUUUGAACAGCUCAAAAGAGUACAAACCUAUACCCAAUUUGUAAUGUUCCAUAGUUCUCAAUUUGUUGCGAUAAGCAUGUUUCAGUUAAUUAUUUUAGUUACUGUCAGUAAUCCUUUUAAUAAUCACAUUGUUGAAAUAUAAAAUUACUACAGGUAUAUUAAUAUAAUAAUAAAAUCAUUAUUAUUGACAUUUAUAGUGACUGCCAACAAAGUGUUUUAUUUUGUUACAGAUCGUUGAUAAAGUUUCAGUUGAUCAUGCCUUAAAGCAGCUGCCACAUUUCCACAAAGAUUUUCAUGGUCUUACAGAUGAACAGGCAGAGCUUGAAUUUAUAAAGGAAGCUCAAAAACUUCAAGAAUAUGGAGUGCAUUUCUACAAAGUGCAGAAAAAGUUAGAAGCAUUAGGAAAGGUGAGAUAUUGUUAAUUAGUUUUGUUGUGCUUGUUCAUCUACCCUGUAUGUCAUUGUGUGUUUCACCAAAUGUGAACUGGGGGAUUGGUGUGAAGUAAAACCACAGUAACUAAUUAGCCUGGGCAAGGGAUAGCCUUCACUACAGAUGAAACUAAACCUCAGGGAUAAGUCUGUCGGCAGGCCAAAGCCAAAAUCCUUGUUCUAGGCCUUCACCUGUGUACCAGGAUUUCAGGUUGAUCAGGUUGAAGGGAAAUUUGAAAUUUACUUUGGGUAGUCCGAACGUACAAGAACCUUGGUGCUGCUCUCACAGUCAUUACUGUCCUGGGGUAGAUUAGGCCUGAGACACAGGCUAACCGAGGAACAGCCACACAAGUCCCAUAGUUCCAUGGCGACACUGUGAUCAGUGCUCAUUGGCCUGCAAGUAAGCUCUCCAGGGGUCUCUGGCCCAGCCCUGUAGCCCCGCUGCUUCACAUAUGAUGGCUCCCUGCCCAUCAGUAGCAAGAGUGUUUCUGAUCUGUUCCAAAAAUCUAUAAAUGUACGUGUAGAGAUUUAGAAAUGUUUUUCAGUCAUUCAUGUGUUUAGCCCAUUUAGUUGUGUUAAGGGAGAAAGGUUCUUUGGUUAAAAUUGGUGCUUUAGACGUUUGUUAAAGCUUUUUAUUAAAUUUGUGUAAUAACGUUUUAUUUCAUCUGUUUUCUUUCAACAGUCCAGGAAAAAAGGCUUAGAAGCAGUGUGGAUUGGAAUUUGUAUCCGUGGAGUCACUGUUUAUGAGGUAAUGAUAAUCAUUUUUAAUGAUUUGGAGGACCAAAAAAAAUAACCAACAACUAGGCCUUUUAAGUUGUGUUACUUGCUGGAUUUUGCUUGGAACAUUAUCUUUCCAAUUUUUUUCACAUUUUAAAAGCCCAAAUUUGUGUGAAUGAAAUGUCUAGAAUGUUAUGAAUCGAAAUUAAUUAUUUUGAAAUCAAACUGAUCUUUUCUGUUCUGUUAUUUCUUAUUUUAGACACGGGGGCAUUUAAAAUUUCCAACCCACAGACAUUCUUGGCCUAUGACAAAGAAGCUGUCAUUCAAGGUACAUGUGUGGACAGUUGCUGUUUUGUUUUUCAACUUCAUUGUCAGGCUUGUUAUUUAACUUGAACAAGAAUUUUGCAACUCAUUUGUUUCAGAAAAAGAAGUUUUUUAUAGAGCCAAGAGGGAAUCCUGAAUUACCAAAGAUGACAUUUUAUACAAAUCAUUAUAAAAAGUAAGUGCCCAAAAUGAUUGCUCUUUUUCAAUCAAUGUGAUCAUCCACUAACUUAAAAGUGAGUUGAUGCAUUUGUGAUGAUAAUUUAUAUAAUUAUUGUUGCAAAAUAAAGAACUUGCUAUUUUUUCUCAACUUUUUGGUUUUGUUUGCUUGUUUGUUUGUUUUUAGGGCCAGAUAUCUUCUCCAGAUGAGUCAAGCAUUUCACAGAUUUCAGAUGAAGAUGAAAACAAAGAUGGCCAUUCUCGACCAAGAAAUGUCUCUUGGUAAUUUAGUAUUUACUUGCCAAGUACCCCGUGACACAUACAGUACUGUGUUAAUAUGUUUAGCAAAUUAUCAAACUUCUUGACAGAUUGAUUGAUGCUUUUCAUUUCCAUUCCUUAAAAUUGGCUUUGUGGUUAAAUGUGCAAUAACGGGACUACUACAUUAAUUUUAAGCUUUGGUUUCACCUUGCGAUAUUAAUGAUUGUUUUUUUAAUUGUUAUUAGUUGUUGUCUUUUGUUGCUUUUUUUUAAAAAAUGCUUUCAAUAGCAAAUGGCAUUUUUGAUAAAGAGGUGAAAAGUUGGCUUGAGGAUUUUUGGUUUAAAUGCUUUACGAGUUGAAUUGCCUUGCUGCUUUUAGGUUUGUUUUAUGUGUAAAUAUGCAGAGUAUAUAAAAUGAACUAUGAUCCUACUUUCUUAGAUGAACCAGAGCCCAGAGUAGAGAAUGGCUUUGUAGAACCAGCAGCCUAUCAGCGGUCACCAUACAGGAGGUCCGGCAGUGAACCUUCUGUCCAGCCAAUGAUUUCUCAUCCUCAAGCGAGCCAGUCUAGGAGACAGUCAAGCUUCGAAAACAAGCGGGUACCCAGUGAUGUACUCCAGAGUCUUUCGACAGAUUACCAAAGUAAUGCAAGGAGACGAUACUCUGCCAGUAGUGAGUCUGACAGCAGCUCAAUGUACCAAACAUCCAAUGGUCCAUCACCACGGAAACUCUCUGAUACAUCACCACGGCAACUGUCACAGGACGUGGAUGAAGAGCGGGAUGUUGACGUGCCUUAUGUGAUCGGUCAGUUUAAGUUGGAAAACAAGCUUUACCGUAAACCUUUCUUUCUUGACAGGGCAUCAACUUUUAGUGUAAAUAGCAAGGGAAGGUUACCAAAGAAAUCAAAUCUUAAAAGGGCUGUUUCAACUUCAAGACAUAGUUUGAAAAGUCAUUCUUCUCAUUCUGUCAUUUAUGAGGAAAUACCUUUAUAAUGAGACAGUCAUGUCAGUUAAAACAAAUCAAAUUGGUUUUUAUAGAACUGAUUUCUUUAUUUCCUAAAAUUCCAUUUUCUGUGUCUAGUAGUUCACUCCUUCUCUGUUCUAUUAAUGUACUUCGUAGUUUUCAGUUUGUAUUAUAACUGGCCCUUUAUGCAUCUUUAAGUAUACUAUACCAUUUCCAAUGUCUCCUCAAUGACUUUUCUUUCUUUUUUUCUCGAGAAAAAAGGCUUCUAAUAGUUAACCUCAUUAAAUCCUGCAUGUUCUUGCAGUGUAAUCACUUUUUUUCCUUUCUCUUAGUGUCACUGAUAAGGUUAUUCUCUCUUCAGUGCCUAUUGAUUUAUCUGUGGUUAGACCUCAUGGAUACCUUAAAACAACUUUCUCUUUUUCAUAUUGGGAUGUACACUACUAGUAUGUAGACCUGCCUUCUACUAACUUUUUCAUGAGUGGUUUUCAUACUUGUCAUUAAUAUCAUGUUGAUAUUAUGAGAAUUUUAUGUGCCCAUGAAAGGUUUUGAUCUCAAUAUUUAGGCCAGCAAUGCGAAAAUGCAACCUUUACACUGACAGCUGUGUUGAUCUUGUAACUAAAUACUGUUAGUUCUACAGACUAAAUCACUUCUGCAUUACUCAUGUCACAUCUGUAUGAUCAUAUUUUUUAAUAUUUUUGUGUGUGUGGCAGUUAUGCUCAGGAUGUAACUCCUGUUUGUCUUUUUUCCAUGCAAAUUAUUCUCAAAUUCUUCUGUGUGCUAUCAGUAUGUUGAGACGGUACAUGCACAUGCAUGGAAGUGUUGUUUGUUUUCUAUCUAAGCAAGGCAUCCAUUCCCAAUUGAAUACUUUAUGUCCUUCCUUAGCUUCUUAUGCAGACAUUCUUAAGGGGUUCGUAAUGUAUUCCUGGGCCAUGAAUGUUCAUGCGGCAGGCAUGCUUCACAACCCCCCAGGAAUGUCUGCCUAGGAGGCUAGAUCUUCAUAUCACUCUUUCUUGCUACUUAUUAAACAAAACUUUAGCAUCUCUAAUGGCUUUGGUGUCUUUUGUCUGUUUUUCUUUUCCUUUAUGGCCUGAUCUUCACCAUCGUUCUUCGUGCAACUACAUUAUAGACACUGGCUGCACAUACCUCAGUUUUCUUUCACUCAAAAUGCAGCCUGAACCUAGUCUUUCCUUCCUUCCUUCCUUCCUUCCUUCCUUCCUUUUUGGCCUUUCUUCCUCCCUCCCAGGUCGCCCAAGAGCCAUGAUCUGCUGUUCCGCAGUUACCCCGGGGCUGGAUUGAAUGUGAAUGCAGUCUGCAACUUCUCACACAUUUACAAAUGGCUUUUCUUUAGUUUUCUCAGGUCUGUUUUAUAUUUUAUUGUUUCCUCCAAAGAAGACAUUUGAGACAUUUUCUUCCUAAAUAUCGGGGUAUCCCUCUUUUUGAUUGUCUCAGAUUAAAGUUUGCCUUUAAACAACAACAAAAAACAUUCAUGCAAUUCUUGAGCGUUUUUUUUUCUUUUUGCUGCAAGCCCUAAUUAAUUAAGUUGUAGACUAUACUCAGGCAAAUGACAUCACUUCAUUCUUUUCCUUUAUUACUACAUUUCUGCCUUAAAGUAAACCAGUUACAGAUCCAACAUUUCAGAGUGGAAAUUUUUAUUACAUAGCUUAUUUGUCACAUUACCAUCACCCCUCCCCCCACCCUCUCCCUUCCUUUCCCCACGCUACCAGCCUUGUGCAAGGCAAAUUACCAACAUGUUUCUCCUUUCUUGUGCAUGAAAAUUAAAGAGAAUCAAUACUCUUUCUGCACAUCUUUGGUUGAAAAGCUAAUUGAAGUUGACUGAGUUGUGAAUUUUUAUGUUUUAUUACUUUUUUGUAAUUGAUCAAACUUGACAUUUUUAAAGCAAAAUUUUAAUAUUAUGACCUUUGGUUUUUAUAUUCCUUUAAAUUGUAUUGAAAACCUUAUGUUUACCAGACAAGCUAAAUUAUUGAAGCUACCUAAAAGCCAGAAAUACUGUGAUGUUAAUGUUUCGCAAGUCUAAAACACACACACCAUCAAAGAAGCAUUGUCUCUGUAGCAAAUGCACGACUACUAAUGAUUUGUAUCCAAUGGCAUUUAAUUACAGACUAUAAAACUACAAAUCUUACUCCAAGUAGCUCUAUAUUUCUUGUUUUCUUAGAGAUUGCAUAUUCAUUCAUUAAUGUUUUUUUCCCAAUUUCAUUACUUUCAUCUUUUUAUAGCCAAAGCUGUAAUUGUUUGUUUUUUUCUUCUUCUCAAGUAGAAUUUCUUUUCAUGAAAUCAAACUCAUUUAAAAUCUCAUUGACAUAAAUGCAAUUAACUUUUAUCACUUGCUGACGUGAAGGAAGCAUUGUAAUCAUGUCUGUUAAAAUCUUAUUGACACGUUCUUUAAGAGGGAAAGACUUGCUAAAUUCAAUUUAGUCAACAAUGAUUACCCACCGCAGAAAAGUGGUGCGUUUUAAACCUGUUCAGGACCGAGAAAAGCGUUUUAAAUGGAGAGGUAACUAUUUAUCACUUAAAAGGAAUUUCAGUGCAGUACAAAUUUGAUUCUUAUCACAGUGCCAAAGAUUAUUUGUUGCUUUUCUUGGCAGUGACAAAGAAAUUCAUUUCUUUUUCUGUCAGGUCAUGUUCACUUCACAUUGAAAUUGAAAUGAAUGUCCUUUUUCAUACAAACAAGUAUAAUACAUUGUGACACCAAGCUUCUCAAUAACUGAAAUUUAGAUUUUAAUGUUUCAAGAAAGGCUUUCUUUGGAAGAGUAUAUUGAAAGACUUAUAAAAGGUUUCAAUUUUGGCCCGUAUGAUGUCAUGCUGUGUAACUUCAUAAUAAACUUAAAUUGAAUAAUUUUAGAAGCCAUUCAUAUUUUCUAUUUGGUUUCCAAGUCUAUAAGUAUAAAUAAUUAGGAUGUCAAACUGUAAUGAUAAUACAUAUAUAUAUAUAACAUGAUGUAUGUGUACCUCAAUAUUUGUGCAUAAGAUUUCUAGGAGAAAAUCAGAACACAUCUCUGAGGAUUUCUUUUACUUUGUCUUGUUUUUUUGUCAGCUGGCAGUGAAAGGAGUUGUGUUAAAUUGAGUUUAUUUUUAUUGCAGUAAUGAUCGCUCAAACUCUCAUAUCCUAUUUUAGCAUUUUUAUUAAAAUUCGGUCAGAAUAUUUUGUGUUUUGAUCAGAUGUUCUUUAAUUAAAAAUUCAAGAUGAUAGCACCUGCUGCUCUUCCAAGCUGUAUGAAGUCCAUUUCCUGUCUCUAAAAUCCUUUCAUUUGUUCUAGUGUUUUCACAUCUUCUUGUCAAUUUUUCUUGUAGCCUUUCGUUAUAACUCCUGUCAUUGAAGACUAACACUUCUGAUGAAAUUUAAUUUAUUUUUUGAAUGUUUAGACUCCACUUUAAACUCUCAAAAGGUGGAACAAGUGAGAAGCAGAGAUUUGCAAGAUGAAGGUAAAAUUUAGGGCUAGCUUGUAAAUAUUCUGUCAUUUGCAUGUGUUUAUCAUACUCUUCUGUCUGUCAUACUCACCUGGAAUGUGAUUUUUGUGAAGCAUUAAUUUUGAACUGUCACUCAAAUCAGGUUGGAUUCAUUUUCAGUUCCCUUCUAGCCUAUUUCUUGAGAUAUAAUUUUUGUUAUUGAUAAUUAUUCUCUAUAAAAAUUCACUUUUAUUUCACUCUAAGAUCGUUUCACAUUUUGAGAAAGGGUUAAUUAGAAAUCGUUUUUUGGAGAAUGUACUCACAAUGUUAAACAGCUAUUUACAUUGUAGUCAUGAAUGGGUUAAUGUUGUUUUUCUGAGCCAUGACAAUUUCCCCAAGUCUCAUUUUUGUAAGUGGCCUUGAUCUGUGAGCCUCUGUUUUUGAAAUUUUAGCACAAAGUCUUAAAUUUUUAAGCAAGGAACCAAGGAAUUUUGGAGUUUCACUGUUAAUUUAAAGAAAAAAGGUUUUGGAUGAAUAUAAGAUUUUAUGGUAUAUGGUCUAAUUUGGUGAAUAUGUUUACGUAGCACAACGGGUAGCUGGUCUAUCAUGAUUAUGUCAGUCAUUUUCAGCUUAACAUCAAGGCCUUAUAGUGAAUUUUAGUUGAAUUUUCAAGGAAAUUUUUUAUAGUUAAUGUUAAUAUGAGUAUAAUCUUUCAAAAGUCUGUUGUAUGAAUUCAAAGACUAUUGUAAAUUCAUUAAAGUUUACUUGACUGUAGUAUCCCUAAACAACAGAACCAACCUUGAUAAAAUAGCUGUCUUUGUAAUUACCCAAAGUGGAACUAUAGAUAACUUUUAACCCUUUAAGCCUCAAUAUCCACAUACAAAUUCUCCAAGCUGAUCUCCAUACUUUUCCUUUAAGAAUUAGCUGAGAGAAUUUAAUAGAACAUCAACGGAUUUUCUCUUUCCUGAUCAUAUUUUUUAUAUUCUCACAACCUUAUCUCUUGACAAUGUAUGGACAUUGUUGGGAGAAAAUUGCUGUUGGUCACUAUUGGGACUUAAAGGGUUAAGGGCUCUUUCUCACAAAGACAUUUGUUAUGGUGUAGCCGUUUUUGCAAGUAAAAUUUGCAAAAAGUGAUGCAAUACUGAGUCCCUUAAAGGUAUUAUUCUUGCAUUUCUGAGUAAGAGAUAAUGAAGGAUUUUGGAAAGCAGGUGUUACUUAUGUUUUUAAAUAAUAAUAUAUUCAAACAAGCAAGAGUAUUGACAUCGGUUUUAUUUAUAUUAUUUAGUAUUCAGACAUUGCCCUAGAAACUUAGUUGUAACUUUGUAGCUAAUUACGUAUCAUGAAGUGCCUUUUUUCAUCUUUUUAGAAGAUGCAUCAGGAAGUUUUUUAUUGUAUGGCACAUAAACACCUUGUUUAGUUUAGAUAUUGGGGAUCAAACAAUAUUCCAGAAGUCCUUUUCUUCCAUUAUUUUUGUGAAUAAAUUAAUAAUUGAUGCUUGGCAUCUCAAAGCAUCCUGGUUUUUUGCUUGGUCUUUCACUAUUCCUGUUUAAAACACGUUGUCUGUAGAGUUGCGGGAUGUUUGGUGGAGGUAUUAUCCCAUUUACUUGUUGAUUGUAAUAACAAUUUGAGCACUGUAGAUUUAAAAGAUAUGAAUAUUUGCUGAAAUACUUAUUCUCAAAACACAAGCUUUGAACUGUGUUAUUUCUGAUGACAUGUAAACUAAUUUAUCAUUCUUGCUAAAAGGAUAUUUUGUACCUAUGGUGUGAAAGUUCUUGGCAGCUAUGCCAGAGAGAAUUUUUUAUUUUGACAGUGUAAUACUGCUUUUUUUGAACUAAAUAAUCAUAUUACCUUACCUCUCUCUUCAGAUGAAAGUAAGCGCUCAGAUGUCUUUGCUUCUCCAGACCGAGUAAUUUGCGUAAUCAAGUUUACAAAAGAGCCGGGGAAGCGGUUAGGUGAGAAAAACAGUUCAAGGUCCAUAAAAAUAAUUUCCACCCUUCAUGAAACCUAAAAACACAUUAAUUGUGUUUGUUAUGUCUGGAUAACACCAUGAGAUUCAACCUGCAUAUAUUAAAGUUGUUAAUUUAAAACACAGCAGGAAAGAGAACAGUAAUGAAAAAAACAGUCUUCAAGAAAUUAAAGUGAAUAGCAUUUUAACACAAAGGGAGAUGUACCACAACACAGCUGGCCUCAUAUCAUGACAUUUAAAAGUUUAGGAACCAACUUCACUUGAUAACCAUGAUUAUGCCAAUAGUGUUAGUUACAAAUUGACGAAGACGUGUCUCCAUAGCACCAAUUAAAAGAGGAUUAUAUAGAUCAUAUAGCAAAAAUCCUCUAUGAAGCCCCCCCCGCCCCGGCCCCCUGUUAGGGAGGGGGGCUUAUUUAAUUUAGAAAAGACGAUGGUGUCAGUUCUCCAAAAAGAACGAGAAUACAAAGUGGAAAAACUCACUUACAAGAAGGUUCAGUUGGAGUUCAUGCAGCUGAGGGUCAGAAUCAAAUCCGAACUUCCAACUGGUAAAUAAACCAUCCUGGAUCAGUAGUCCACAUGAAGUUUUACAGUCGUGAUUGAUGAAUACAGUCUAUCAUUUAUUAGUGAAGAAUAAUAAAAUUAUUAGGGGAAGGGAGUGGGGGGCUUAUUAACUUUCUUCCCCUGAAAAGGAGGGGGUUAUUAAAGGGAGGGGGCUUAUUUGAGAGGGGGGGGUGCUUAACAGAGGAUUUAUGGUAGAUAAUGUUACAUCACUGGAUCUGUUUUUGUGAAGACAAGUAAACAGAGGUUUGAAGUUAUUAGCCCCUUGGACCAAGCUGUUUGAUUAUAAGAAAUGUCAUGAAGAACCCUGCAUGACUUUAAAUUGUGUAAACUAAAAAUUGUUAUAUUACUGUAGGUAUAACUGUUCUUGGAGGGGAAAAUUCCAAGCGACUAGAUCUGGGAAUUUAUGUCAAGUCUGUUACUGAAGGAGGGGCAGCUUGGAAAGAUGGCAGACUGAAGGCUGGUAAGAUAAUGCAGUAUUAAAACCUUUGAAUAUAAAAUAUUUAAAAAAAUCACUUCUACAAGGUUCUCCUUGGUAUUGACAGUUAAACAGACUUUCCAGUUGCAACCUGCUGAUACAAAGGAUUAACAUUUAGAGGAUGUUGCAAAUUUUUUUCUUCAAGUGUUGAAAAAUAUUUCCAUUUAUGGGCAGCAAACAAAUGAAAUAAGGGCUGUCCCCAAACAGUGCCUGGUCAGUGGUAGCUCUUGUCACAUUUCUUUUGCUCUUGGGUGACUGGCAAAUAUAAGUUUCUUAUGCUAUCCUGGACAGCCUUAAUUUCCCAGGUUCAGAGCACCAGGCUCCCUUUUUUUAAAUUUUGUAUAGAGCACAGCCUUGGAAAUAUUUUUCAACUCGAGAAGAGAAAUGAUUUUGUAUAUGAUCAGUAGCACAAUACGUGUGCACAAUCAGAGUGACACAAACUUCUUCUCAAAUAUCUCCUUUAUUUUAAGCGGUACAAUUGUAAGACUUCAUACCAAUAAAGGUAACAUGUUUGUCAAUAAAUACGCGACGUUUCGUGAAUAUUCACUGCAUUCUUAUUUUUUGCGAGAUUUUUGUUUUAAAAAAUUGAUUAAAAAUAUGGCCGUCACGCGUAACAUUUACACAGAUGGAAUGUUGUUUGAUAAUAAAUAUCUUGACCAAAGCGCGCCUUAUUAAUUUGAAAAAAAUGUUAAAAUUACAAAGACCAAACAUACUUUCAACCUAAUAACUAAAUUCUUCUAAAACCUGAAUCGGUAUGGUUAAAAUUCAAAAAAAGUACAUCAUGGUUAUGGCGUCACGGUACUGCUCUCAGUGUCUGCAGUUGAAAUUCAUGUUCCCAGACAAGUUAUGAAAUGAGGUGAUCAAUGAAAAUACUAACCCAGACGGCAUUCUCACUUUUUAAGGACUCGCUCCUGAAAAUAUGAACAACCUAGGGCCAUUUGCUCCAACGCAGUAAGAAAAAGUCCCAAUCCCAAGCCUUAUGAAACGCUCCAUGAUUUGAUGCGCCAUUCAAAACAUCAGACAAAGUCAAAGUCUUCCCAAAUGCCCGGAAUGGAACCAAAACCUUCAGAUUGCCGCCACAUUUGAUUCUCAUCUCAAAACAAAUGUUCCUGAGCAUUUCCACGAAAAAAUAUGAAGUAGGAGGCUCGCUAGAAGAAUUUUUCGAAAUCCCAAGCCUUGCGAAACGCUUCUUCAUAAGUUUCAUAUUACAUGUAUGAUUUUCUUGCGCGAAGGGCAGCGAAAAAGCAUAAAACGUCGCCAUGAUUUCGAACGAUUUCUUCGUGGAAACAACAACAUCUGGCCUUGGUAACCUCCCAAGAAGGUUCUAGAAGCUUUUGUUAUGUAAUAACUCCGAAAAUAGCUGUGACACGUGCAGAAAAACACCCGGGUCACGUUCACUACGCAAGGCGAGUUUACGCGAGACGGUUUUCAAUGGAGCGUGAGAAUAAAGCAGAAUUAAUGAGCAGGUGGAGAGAAGAACAAAAGAAGAAGAAAGCUAUCAAAAGAGCUCACUACGAAAAAAACAGAAAGCGUGUAAACUGUACCAGUUGUAUGAUGCGCAAUGCAUUAUGGGUAAAAACUAAAAUUGCUGACUUGGCAAAAAACUUUCAAUUAUAUAAUCUUGUGCUAGUUAUGGUGAUUUACUGUGGUAAUUAUAAAAUGUUAAUAUGAAUUUGGACAGAUUACUAGUUAUUUUAACAAAUUAAGAGGCUGCAAAGCAUCAUGGGUAAAAUUAAGAAUGCUGACUAGGCAGCUAAAACCAAGUGAAACAUAAUUAUUUGGGGCCUUAGUGUGUUGUACUGUGCAAAUUAAAGUGUUAACGUGAGUUUUGAGAAAUUUGUAGAAAUUUUGCAUUUUUGAUGCAUGUUACACAUUUGUACAUGCUUAUUGUGCUACUGAUCAUAUCCAAGUGGCCAUUUCAUGUUCUAUUGUUUUCUUAUAACACCAAUGAAGUACCCAACCAUUUCAAAUGAUCGUAAUAAUUGUUUUUGCUGCAGAAGGCGUGAUGUUUAAUAAAUUUAACCACAGCAGCGGGGACCUUUUCAUGUGUGAAGAUGACAUGUUAUUGUCACAUGUGGAAAUAUCACCGUUUUCGCAGGAAAGCUCACCUAGUAUUUCAUUGGUGUUCAUAUAAACAGCUAGUAUUUUAUGGGUCUACUGUAAUUAAAUAUUAUUUCUCCUCUAGACUUUGAAUUUGUAUUCAGCCAGGAAUUUUUGGCUUGAAUCAUUAUGCAAUUACCUUCUUCUCAUUUGCCAGUUUGUGAUGAAAAGUUGGUUUGAUUUUUCUGUAUAGGUGACCGUAUUUUAGCUGUCAAUGGGCAAAGCUUAGAGAGGGUCACUCAUGAGCACGCAGUAAACAUUCUUAAGAAUGUAACCAGCCCUGUGGAGCUAAGAGUUUCACAAAGUGCCUAUAACUUAUCUUCAUUUGGUGAGUUGUGCCAGGCCACAGGCUUGUUAUUAAUUUUUUGAAUGUAGUAAGAAUGAGCCUCUGUCAUUAUUUUCUUUGAAAGGUUCUCCUCAAUUCUAUUCUAAUCUGUUUUGUUUGUAAAAGAGUAGAAUAAUGUAGCCUCUUUCAGGCUCUAUUUUUCUUGAUGCAAGAAGUCAUGCUUCAUUUUCCCUUCAAUGCUAGUUUUCGGCAUGCUAUAUGACAUGGUGAAGCAUAACUUAAAGCUUACUUUUGUGCGCCCCAAAUUUUUUCUUCCAUGCAAAAAAUCCUGCUUUUUUUAUUUUCUUUACCAAACAGGUUACAUUUCAUGCUCAUAUGACAGCAAGCCAAUAAAAAUGCAAAUACACAACAUACAUAAAAAGAAUUGUAAACACAUGCUCUCUAUAGAGCUAUUUUUUACCUAUGGCAAAGUGCAGACAUUUUUGUUUUAACGUCUUGUUCAUUCAACAGAUCUUUCUAGUAUUCCAAAUGCAAGUUCAGCCAAUGAGGAGCCAGAAACUCUUGAAAUCAAGCCUCUGACACCACGUGAACCAUCUUCAGCAGCAGAACCAGACAGCCCACAGGAUUCGCCAAGAGACACCCAUUCUGAGCCGCGUCCAUCAACUUUUGCAUUUCCCUCAGAAGAUGAACCCGUGACAAUGAUUUCUAAGUCAAUUCCUCCUUCUGUGGUGUCAGCAUCAAACAGACCUUCAAGAAUGAGUCAGUUGGAGAGGGGUAUGUCUGACACUGAUGUAAUUUGCUUUGUUAACCCUCUAAGCUCCAAUGACGAUCCACAUACAAAUUCUCCCGACUGAUGUUCAUACAUUUCCUUAAAGAAUUAUGAGAAAAUUUGAUAAAAGAUCAAAGCAAUUUUUUGUUGACCAUUUCAUUAAUUCUCCUAACCUUUUCUCUUGAUGAUGUAUGGUUGUUGUUGGGAGAAAGUUGAUUUUGGUCACUCUUGGGACAAAGGCCAGUUGUCCCACCAUUUUACAGCCAUGUGCUUAGCUCAGUACCCAGGGCCCAGUUGUUCAAAGGCCGAUUAGCGUUUAAGCCAGGGUUAAAUUUAACCCAGGUUUCUUUUUCCUUUGUUCAAAAACAUUUUCUCGGAUAGUUUUCUCUGUUAUUUUAUAAGAGCAUUCAACCAUCAACUUGUUGACAAAAAGAAUUAUACUGAAUUUACUUUUUAAGCUUUCAUAUCUGAAUUCAAAUUUCGCACUUACCCUAGGUUAUCUUAACCCAGCUUUGAACAACCCGGCCCUGGUCUUGUACUAAAACAGGGCUGUCGCUAAAAGUUGCCAGGUAUAUGCAUUUAGUAGGAGGGGAAUAUUGUACAGCUAAGAAGUUCUUUUUGUCCCAUUUUCAUUUUGUGUCCUAUAAGAGUAGCCGGGGCUCAUCCUCAUAGUAGCCGGGGAAAAUCAUCGGCCUCUGAGCGCUUAGUGACUUCCCUGUUAAAAUAAUGUACAUCUACAGUGUCUUUGUUUUGAUACAAACAGGCAUCCCGCUUUUAUUAAGAGGUUUUGUUAAUGGGAUUUAAUUAUGGAUGAAGGAAUGGAGGUACCAAAACAAGGUCAAACCUACCCUUGCCUAUCUUUCACUGAUAUAACAAUUUACGUGCAAAAAGAUAGUGAUUUUUGAGCAAUUUUUCAUUUCCAUCAAAAUCGCAACACUGGCCCUUCAUGCCUUUCAUUAUUGUUGCUCUGAGGUAAUCAGUGUUGUUUUGUUGUUAAAUUUGUCAGAUUCUGAUGAUCCAAUCAAAGUAUCACAAGAUUCAAGAGAUACUGGAGGGAGAAAGGCUCAGUCAAGGAGUCAAGGUGUGCCAUUAGAGGCAAACAUACAAAGUUCUCUUCUGUCAGCUGCUGCACCACUCGUCUCCACCGGUGUUGCCUCCCCUGUGGAGGAGUCGCCACGAUCUGCACAGGAAUCCCAGAGUGGGGAGGAGAGUGGUGCAUAUAGUGAAGAUACAUUUCCAGUGAGUUGUUUAUUUUAUUGACUGAUAUUUGUUUUCUAUAAUAUUAUUUCUAACCCUUGGAUGAAGUUUUUGUUACAGUGCUUGUUGUCUUCAAGGCCUGUCAUUUAGUGCCAUGAAAGGUCUUUAAGUUAGUAUUUGUUUGCUGGAGAGAGAGGCAAAAUUCAGGAUGUCGAGUUAAGUCCUAUGUUACCCUGUGACAGUAAAAAUCUGCAAAAUAAUUAUUUGCAGUCGCUUUUUUUUUAAAUAAUAAUAUUAAUUAUGCUAAUUUUCACUUUUUUCUUCGAUGAACUUAAGUUGUAUUUCAUGAAAAGCCUUGCAUUUGUUUGUUUCCACAUGCUAUGAAACCCAUUUUACACUUUUCUUUGUCAAGUUCAUUUUAUAAGGAUGGUUUUGGGAAUAAGACAGCUGGAUUAAAAUUGGUCAUGUAGGGAUCUCUAGUGAUAAAAACGCAGAUUUAAGCAUUAUAUUGAGCAAGAGUUGUUUAAAAAAUAAUUAUUAAAAGAUAUUGAGGUGAAGUAAGAUAGUAUUAACUGUUGUGUCAGAAAUAUUAGUGUUCUACUUUGUUUAGAAUAUUUUUGCUUUUUGUUUACUUCUGCAGGAUGGUGCUUUUGUUGUUGAUUUGGAAAAAAAGGAAGGAAGUUUGGGGUUAAGUGUCAGUGUAAGUAUGAUUGCUAGAUUAAUACACAACGACGAGUUUAAAAUGCUGCUGAGCUACAUGUGCUACUAUCAGGUAAACACCCCAUUUGGCAUUUUUCAGGACUCCUUUGUGACUCAGGGAGAAAAUGGGAAUGAAAAAUAAUAAUUUAAUAAUGUAUUUGGUGAGCUAGCCCAUUAGCCAAGCUGUCUUACUUUACUGGGCUCGCUAACCUAUGGUUGUUUAUUCCUGGAAAUAUUGUUGUGUUUAUAUGAGAGGUGGCUGGGCUAGCCUACUUGCCAAGAUCUCGGCAAGCAAGUGUUUUUUGAGCUUUGCAGAACAAAACCUCGUUUUUUUUUUUAAUUUAGCUUGUCCUUUGGACUUUCAAGUAGCUUUUGUAAUAUUAAUUUUGCUUGCUUGGGAUAUAUUUUUAUGCUUGUAUUAAUGACUCAUGGUGUGUCGGAACACAUCCAACAUACCAUGAGACAAGUUGCAGCAACACGUUGCACUGGCAGGUCACUCCUUGAGUACAGGUCAGGCAACUGGUUGCAGCAACAUGUUGGGGCAACAUGUCGCAGUGACAAAUUGCUUCAUAAUAAUAACAAUAACUUUAUUUAUAUAGCGCUCAUAUCCUGAGCUCAUGGCGCUUGACAAUGUUAAAAAGGGAAAAAAUGAAAUAAUUUACAUACCACAAGCAUGGAAUUAAAAAAUAUUUAAAAAAUCUAUUUACAAUCCAUAUAUUACAGGUCUUAAAAUCAUUUUACAAAAACAAAGACCCACUCUCUAAAAAUUGCCCAAAAAUAUAUGUUUUCAGUCCUCUCUUGAAACCAGUUAAAGAUGGUGACUUGCACAAAUGUAAUGGUAGCGAAUUCCACAGUUUAGGGGCACACGGUGUACUGUGCAACUCUUUGUCGGAAUUUUGUUGCUGCAACAAGUCGCAAAAAAUCAAAUCAGACUGAAUUUGUGCAACUUGUUGCAGCAACAAAAUUCUAUUGUAUCGACAACAAUUUUACCAAGAAUUCUCCAGUACACAUGGAGCAAUUUUGUCACUGCAACAUGUUGCUGCAACUUGUCGCCUAGUGUAUUAAAUGUCUGGACCAUUGAUCAUCAGGCAAGCAAGUAUGAAUAUUUACUUUUCCUGGACAACCCAACAGCACUUUUUCCAAGUAAUUAAUUAAUCAAUGGUGUUAAAAUCAACAGUUUAAAAAGUAUCUGGGUGUGACCAAUUAAUUAACUGUAACGCAUCAAAGUUUGUUUGUUUUUUGUUUUUUUUUUCCUUACUGGUUUGGAAAUGGCAUGAGAUUUGCUACCCAGUUACAAAUGGCUCUAACUUAGGGUAUAUUUACUUUGUGUUUUCGUCUAUUAUAAUAUUUUUUUAAUCUCUUAUUUUAGGGUGGAAUAAAUACUAGUGUCAAACUUGGUGGAAUCUACAUCAAAUCACUUCAGCCAAAUGGACCCGCAGACUUGGAUGGCAGGGUUCGUGUUGGUGACCGCAUCCUGGCUGUGAAUGGCAUCAGUCUGAUUGGAGUCACGCACAAGCAGGCAGUGGAAACCAUUAAAAUGGCUCCUCAUCGGACAAGGCUUGUUUUGGAUCGGUCAGUUCCUGUUAAUGUUCCAAAGUCAACUGGAAAAAAGACUCGGCCACAGGCUACAGAUAAACCCUUCACAGUGGAGCUUCUAAAGGGUGUUGGGGGUCUGGGACUCAGUUUGGUUGGUGGCAAAGGAGCUGGGGAGGAGCAUGGAGGUGAUGGUGUAAUCUACCUAUAGUCCUUUUAAUGGGCUGUGUGAUACUGUAAUCAUGGGUAUUUACCAUUAUGAAACAUUAGCAUAAGAAGUUGUGAAACGGGUAAACUGAAGGCGGAAGUAUUACAUCUUCCUAAGUCUUGGGCUCAAAUUUUGUGUUUAAAUGAUUUGGAUUUGGUCACUAUGCCACUAUUAUUUGUUUGACCUUUGCUUUGAAAACAGUUCAAACAGAGUAGUUUUUUCCUUCCUCUCUUUCAAACGAUAAUAAUUAUAAUAAAGUGAAGAAGAAUCACAAACUAAAAGAACUUUAACUGAUGAUUAGUUUUAUUAAAAACACCCCUUAAUCAUUUUUUACAAAUGUAAUUCUCCAGUAUUGGUAAACAGUUAGUGAUUAGUGAUCUAGACUGAAGCAAAUCUAACAGUAGCAACAUUACAAGUUUUUCUGAGAAUGUUAAUAAACUAAGUUUGCCACAUAAUAUAAAUGGUGAGUUGACGCAACAGGACGGCCGAAAGAAGAGGGCGGCAAAACGCUUGUGUGUGACAAACUUGACGUGGUUAUUACUUGUGCGUUUUGUGAUCUUCACUUCCCAUUUAUGCUUUCUGGAUUUUUACAAAAAGAUCUGUUUAAAAGAGGAUGAAGUUUGGCAGAAACUAUUGUCACCCUUGUCACUCAAGGUUUGCUGUCUUCUUUCCUCUCCUGUCCAGUUACGUAAGCUCACUGAUGUUGUAGGGGAAAGAACAACUUAUGAAUAAUAAGCAUGUCAAGAAACUGGAAUGAGCAUAAUAUUGUGGCUUGCAAGUAGUACUUAUGUUGAACUUGUUCAUAAAAUGUUACCUUUGUAGUAGUUGUUUUUCCGAUCAUUAUCAUUGUAGUUUAAUUUCUAUUACCUUUUUUAAUUGUUUGUGUGAGUGUCCGUACUUAUCACCCCAUACGAUACCUUUCUAGGUUUCCUCAGAAUCAAAAAGAUGUUUCCAGGGCAACCUGCAGCUUCAUCUGGUAAACUUCAGAUAGGUGACAUUGUGCUGGAGGUGAAUGGAAAUAGCAUGCAAGGUGUAACCCACCAGGAAGCCAUCAAUCUAAUACGCACUGGGCCAACGGAAGUAAAACUUUUGGUCAAAAGAGAACCAUCUUCUAUCCCUCAAUCACUUCUGCAAAGGUCAGGGUCAAAUGCUAGUGAUGUGGACCCUGCCCAGAUUCUUGCGGACAUACAGAAUAAGCUGAAGGCUGACUCGCCGUCACUGAGUAAAAGAUCAUCUGAGUCAUCAACAAGAGGGCAACUAUCAAAUGCAAGCUCACUUGAAGUUAGAGAUGAAGUGCCAAUAACCCAAGAAGCAGCUGUCAUUAACGAAGCACCCGUUAGUUUGAGGUCAAGUCUGAUAUCUGAGGAGUCAGCUAAGCAGAUUGCUCAGUCCAAUCACCCCAACCUGGCUAGCAGGUUGUCAGAACCAGUUGUAAUACAGGCUAGGAAAGAACACGAAACUUUAGCAGCAACUAACUCGCUUCCUAACAUUACAUCAGUGAGGCCAAAGGAUAUUCCAAAAGUGAACAGACAGGAAGCGUUUCAACACAGCACAGAAGAGGAAGAUGCAGAUGCAACUUCUCUCGGUGAUGCACCAUUAGCAGAAGAUGAAUCUAGCGAUGUUGAAGACUCAAGGAGAUCCUCUUCAAUUGACAUUGUUCCUCCUGAUCGCUCUAUAUAUGAUGAACAGAGUGUGAGGGAGCUUAUGGAAAAGCUUUCCACAGUGGAAUCUUCAGAGGAUGAAACUGAUCUUAAGGACACAGGAAAAAUGUCUUUGGCUAGUAACAAGCCGAUUUUACCUGUUUUACAGGAUGAGGUUUCUUCCUCUUCAUCAGAAUCAGAAGAAAGUGAUGUGGAAAAAGAACCAAUAAUGAACAACACAGAUCAAAAGUCAAUCCUGGUCACUGAUAUUAAAGAGGAUGUAAAACCAAGAAGCUUGACUCCACAGGAGGAGGUUAGCUGGCAAUUAAUUACUAUACUAUGAGAUUAUUUGUAUAGGUAAUAGCAUGAUUUGUAGUGAUAUUUGGCAUAAAUACCACAAGUGAUAUUUCAAAAUUGUUAUAGGUAAUUUCACGAGCCAUUAGGCAAUUGAAAUUUGAGACAAUUUUGAAAUAUCACGAGUGCUAUUUAUGCCAAAUAUCACGUACAAAUCUUGCUAUCAUUUGUUUAUACUAAUACCCGCGAAAGGUUUGUAAUUUUCACAUGCAGGUAUUUCAAAUUAAGCUGAAAUACCACUGCUCUGAGCCAAUAAAAUUGCAGAAAUUUCUCAUGUAGUAGUAUAAAAAAGAAAAGAAAACAAUUCUUAGAUUACUAGCAAAAGCAGUUGCAACAUGACUGCAAGAGGUUUAAUGGCAAACUACAACAGCCUAACUUGCUCUUGUUUGGUUCACACCAGGUAUUGUACAUAGAGUUGACCAAAGGCUCUGGUGGUCUUGGCUUCACAUUAGCUGGUGGUGCCAAUACUGUAGGAGGAUGUUUUGUUCGUGACAUUGUGGGUGGUCCAGCUAAAGAAGAUGGGCGUUUGCAAGCAGGCGAUCAAAUACUAGCGGUAAGGAAUCAAAAAUGCUGUGUACCCUCAGUGUUAAAAACAUUAGUCAGUAGUGUUGGAGGUUAGGUGCCGCAUUGGUAGUGACAGAGGAGAGGUUGCCAUGGCAACCAUGCCACAGCCUACCUUGAGGCACCUGUCAACACAGCACCAAUGAAUUCUUACCCAAACAGGGAACAAAAUGAAGAAGAAAGUGUAGUACGUUUGAGUGUCAAAUAAUAUUAUUUAGCACAGCAGUACUCAUUGAGGACAUUAUUUUUACAUCUCCCUGUGGAGACAGGACUGCCAUUUUGCAUAGUCAUCUUACCCACACAAACAUCUUGCAGUUUGCAGGGCAAAGGAAGUACCUUCAUUUCUUUGGUUUUUUUUUUUAAGAUUUGGAGUAUUGAUCUGGCCCUGGGAAUCGAACCCACGAUCUCCCAUUUUGCAGUCAAGUGCUCUACUGACUGUUAUCAUCUUUUUUUUCUGGCAAAAUCUAACCUUUAGUUGGGUUUUUUGAACUUUUUGGCAGACUACUGCUGAGGUUUACCAAGGUCAAAGGAGUGUUACAGAUGUAUGUUAUGUUGAACUCAGUUUUCAUUAAGUCUGGCAUUCUUUCUGUUAGGUUGAUGGAGAGGAUAUCUCAUCAAUGAAGCAUAUGGAUGCUGUAAAUGUUCUACGAGCCACAAAACAGACUGUUAAACUUAAAGUUUUGAGACGACCAGCUGGGGUGAGCUGUGUGGAACAGAUGCUCAAAUGUGUAGUCUGAGUGGAGUUUAUUUUUUGUUAAGAUACAUACCGCUAUUUUGAGAAAGGUUGUCCAAAAAAUGUGCAUGUGACAAUCGCAAAAAGGUAAUAUAGGAUAUGAUCAAUACACUGUUCCUGAUGACUGCAGUUGUUGAACCUACUUUUGUUGCUUUCCUUUAGCACUGGCAAACAUAUGUCUAUAGCCUCUCGUGCCAUUCUUUCAAUUUCUUUGAAGAAUGUUCAGUGAACUCAACGCCACUUGCAAUACCUUUCGGGAUUGUCACAUUCACAUGUCCUACAACCUUUCUUGAAAUAGCUGUAUACUUGUACAUCACAUAAAGUAAAGUGUCCACUCUCUGGUAGAUAAGCUGCACUCCACGUGUGGUAGUCAGGAGAAGUGCUUAUUAAAUUACUAUUUUCCGAAUUAAUGUUGGUUAGAUAAUACUGUAAUGAAGGUCAAAGAGCUUUUAUAAACCUAGAUGAGCUGUCUCAGACGAGGGGUUAACUUUAACCAACAUGCUGUGUACUUCAAAAAAUUGAAGAGAACCCAGUGCUCUGAACCUGUAAAAUCCAGGGUACCCAGCAUAUGAUUUCUAUGUGAAUACUGAGAUUUCGUUUCCCUACACGCAAAAUGAAUUUACUAUGUUUUUCAAAACUUGCCCUCACUUUAACCGUUUUUUUUUUAUGUGGUUGCAAGUUUAUCUUGUCUGCAGUGCUUGUAAAUAGAGAACUGGUUGUCCCUUGUCUGUUAGGGGUUAUGUUCUGUUUCGAUUAUUAAUACCAGUUCUGGCCUUCCUUGCGAGCCUGUAAAAAAGUGAUCUCGAGAAAUUGUCACAGCAGGUCAAGUGUACCCCCAUAGAUGCCAUUAAUGAAUCAAUUAUUUGAAAAAUGCAUCCAGUCACCAUUGCCGUAACCAGUAUCUCAUAGAUGAAUCUACAAUCUACAGCUAACAAUGGAUUCAACUUUUGAAUGAUAAUUUCAUUAAUAGAAUCUUGGGGGGUACGCUCGAGUUGGCUUGACUGUAAAACUCGUGUGUUUUGUUGUAUAUGUAGUUUGUGGGGUCGACCCAAUCAGGAACUGUGGAGGUGGUUAACUUAACAAGAACUUCCCAGGGAAGAAUAGGGCUGCUAAUUAAAGAGGGUGACGAUCACAAGAUAUAUGUGGAGGAUGUUGUUCCAGGAGAACCCGCAGCUACGCAGGGAGAUCUUCGGCAGGGAGACAGAAUACUGGAGGCAUGUAUUUUUUUACCUAUCAAUGCCAACAAUAAAUAAAGUGCCUGGGAAAAGCUCCGAGUGACUUCCAUGAUUCUCCUUUAAGUUGCUUUAACGGGAGAUUUUAGUGGUGUGGGUUUGGGGAGGGGGGUACAUGUACUUAUGUGCCAUUAUUUCAAGUGUCCCUUAAACUGUAUGGCCAUAUUCCAUGUAACCCUCAAGAAGUAAAGUACUUUUCAUUGUGGUCCAAAUACUAUAGAAUGAAAUUUAAAAACAAAAAAAAUUUCAAAUGUGAUUCCAAAUGUUAAAAACUCUGCAAUAUAGCAAUAGGGUAUAAGAAUUUUUGCAUUAAAAAGAUUUUAAAAAUUCUGAAUAUGCCUAAUGGCAUUUGUUUUGAAGGUGAAUAAUGUUAUCCAGAUACAAAUUAUCCACUGAUAACACAAUUGGUUUUCCUAAUACUCAGGCAUCCACUGGAUUGUGAUUUUAUCUGGUGUAUAUAGCGCUAUCUGUCUUUUCAUCGGCCAGGGUCUGGUAAUAUUAACUGUUAAUUACCAUACUUGUAGAUAAACAGUACCAAAGUGGAUGGCCUGGGCUUUGUUGCCGCGAGGCAGCAUCUUGAUGCUGCCAGGCCAGUUGCGCGACUGCUUGUUGAAAGAAGACCAAGGCUGGCAGAGUCCAAGUAUGCCAUGUCCAAAGCGAAUUCAACAGACUCCAAAGCACCUAAUAAAUCCUGGUCAGUGGAUUCGCCAGGUACAAAUACUGCAGCUUCUAGUGAUGAGAAUGACAGUGUGUUCUUAAAGGACAAGGACGAGGAUGGAAUGAAGGAGAAUGAGAAUGAUGACGAGGACUCUCAGGUACCUUUCUGUUAGUUUACCUCAAUAUAGAUUAGCCCGAAUUUAGUAGAAAAUGACUUUUGAAUAAACAAAAUUAACGUGAAAGAGAGGGUAACAUUUCAAAAUGAAGGAGGUUUAUGUGACAUUCACAAAGAUGCACAAUUUGUUGAGACAAUGGGAACAAAGUUAAACGUAUAAUCCAAAAUUGAGACCUUGUUCUUGGCAUGUUAUUUCCCUAAACAUAUGAAGGGGGUAAAGCGGAGAAAUCUGGCUACUUCAAGGGUUCUUCACAGUUUCACUGUUACUGGUGGAUCUCCACCCUGAUAAAAAUAAUAGUCUUUCUCAAGUGUCAAGAAAGUCAGAAGUGUAUCGAGAAUUUGGGGCCAAAAUAAUGGAAAUUAAGGUCAUUGAAAUUAAUGUUUACAAAAAUUAAUGCGAUUUAAAAAUUAACACCAAUUUUUUAAAUUCUUGUUAAUUUCAUUAAGUUUUACAGUCAAACCAAGUCAAGCGUACCCCCCAAGAUUCUAUUAAUGAAUUAAUUAUUUGAAAAAUGAAUCCGUUAGUCGUUCCCGUAACUGGUGUCAAAUUCAAAGCGGUAUUUCUGCAUGCGUAAUGAGCAGUGAAUAUUUUACGAGAACUUCUCCGUAUUUGGUCGGAUUGGAAAUCUUUGAAUGGAUUAAGCUUCUUAGAAGACAUUUACAUCAAUUUCAGGAAAAUGGAGCUGGUAGAAAUUUCAUAACUGCCUCGUGUGUGAAUUCACGGCUCAUUACACAUGCAAGAAUGCAGAGAUCAAUCUGAAAUCUACAACUAGCAACGGAUUCAACUUUUGAAUAUUAAAUUCAUUAAUGGAUUCUUGGGGGGUACGCUUGACCUGGUUUGACUGUAAUUUCCUAUCAUCGGGUCAAAGUUACAAAGGUCUCCUUACAGAGGUCUCUUUUUGGAUGCCCUUGUAAUACAAACACAUUGCUACUAAGAGAACCUUUACUAUACAGACAUCUGUGCAUCUCUUGCUUGCUAGUCAUGUAUGCUGAAUGCAAUAAACUUUCACUCUUAAUUCUCUUACUUAUCUUCAUCUGUUAUUUGCUUUUUGUGCAGGGUGAACACUUCAAUGUAACACUUUGUAAAGGACCACGUGGGUUUGGUUUCAGUUUAGUUGCUGCCCCUACAUUCAGCUCAGAUGUAAGUCAAGUGACAUCUAGCGCUACUGCUACUGAAAGCCUUAUUUUUUAUACAGAAACCUAUUUAUAACAUGCUGGUUAUGCCUGUAAAGUUCUGUACACAGCCAGGACUGUACAGAGGGGCAGUCGGUGUCUUUAUGUACCCCUUUUCACUACUGGCCAAGACUAAGUUUAGGUUUUACAUACCCUUGUGCUAUUUGUCUGACUGUGUAAGCUGGCUUACAGUCAAACCAGGUCAAGCAUACCCCCCAAGAAUCCAUUAAUGAAUUUAUUAUUCAAAAGUUGAAGCCGUUGCUAGUUGUAGAUUUCAGAUUGAUCUCCGCAUUCGUGUAUGUGUAAUGAGCCGUGAAUUCACACGCGAGGCAGUUAUGAAAUUUCUACCAGCUCCAUUUUCCUGAAAUUGAUGUAAAUGUCUUCUAAGAAGCUUAAUCCAUUCAAAGAUUUCCAAUCCGACCAAAUACGGAGAAGUUCUCGUAAAAUAGUCACUGCUCAUUACGCAUACAGAAAUGCCGCUUUGAAUUUGACACCAGUUACGGGAACAACUAACGGAUUCAUUUUUCAAAUAAUCAAUUCGCUGAUAGAAUCUUGGGGGGUACGCUUGACUUGUUUUGACUGUAAUGCACCCAAAUAGAGAAGACUGAUCUCUACUUUUCAGGCCAAAAAUAUAUAACAAUGAUCAGGGAGGUUGUGUUUAGUAUAGCCCUCUCACACUUGAUUAAGCUGAUUCCUUGCCAAGUUGACUUGUCUUGUCCAUUUCCCUAAAGCUAUGACCAAUUCUCUUUAGUAUCAGCAGUCUUUAGUCUAAAUUCUAAGCUUGAGAAUUUAGUACUAUUUGAGGGUUUGUAUUUUGUGGAGGUCAAAAGAGAAAUUGAAAAUAAUGCCAGCAGUAAGAACACAAUUUUAGUUAAUUGCUUUCCUGUGUUCUAGGGAUGUUGCUUUUUUGUUAAGUUGACUUACAUUUUUUUUAGGCUCAUGGGAUUUUUAUCAAGACAAUUAGCCCUGGAAGUGUGGCAGAAAGUGAUGGCAGGUUGAAAGUUGGAGACCAGAUCCUAAAAGUAGGCUUUUAUUCAACACUCUCUUCAUUAUUAUUAUAUAUAUUUUUCUGUCAUGACUAAGCGCUAUAUAAACUUUGCUAUGUUAAGAGAAACCUCUGGAAGAAAAGCACAUCUCUAACAUGGACGCGUAGAGAUGCAUGCCUUCAAUUCUUCAGUUUUGCAAGUCCUAAAGAUGGCCUUUUCGGAGGCAGUUGAUUGUGGGAGCAUAUUUCCCUCGUCCAUCAUACUUUCUGAAUGUUGUUGAGUUAGAUUCAAUGAAAUUAAUAGAAAAAAGGCCAUUUUAAAAACAGGAGAAUGAGACCAUUGGAGAGUUCCUUUCAAAAAACGCAAAGACAAUGCAGAAGCACAGAGGCAACAUCGGAGGAGAAGAAGCCGGCACUGUCCUCAUGAUUUUCUUCCAAUUAUUGUUUUAAUUCAUUGAUGUGUAUUUUCAGGUGAAUAAGGAAGAUGUCCAAGGCCUCAGUCAUGCAAAAGUUAUUGGAAUGUUAAGAAAGAUCACUGGAACAGUAGAGCUGGAAAUUAACAGGUACUAUUAAUAUCAAUUUGUUGCCAUGUCUAUUUAUUUAUUUUCAAAAGAAAGAAACUUAAUAAGUAUAAAUACGAAUAAUAUUAAUUGAAUGGCAUCAUUCAUGUCAGUCAUUAGAUCUUUCCGUAGCUUCAUUUUGACAAAUACUCCUCAUUUGGUAAAGAAAGGUCUCAUUGGUUUUUAUUAUGAUGUUAACCCUGCUUGGCAGUAUUAAACUUGAUCGGUGCCACACUGAAUUUCAGGAGGGUUUGCGAGACAUUCAGUUCUAUAGUAACUACGGUUAGUAAUACCCUCAUGAUAGCAAUUAAUUAUUUACUUCAUAGAUUAAAGUUAGUACAUGAUAUGUUGAGGUCCCUCCUUACUGAAGGCCCAGCUCUUUGUAAUGCUGUAAAGAGUUGAGCAUCCAGGCUCUAUUUGCCAUGGGAGCAUCAUACUACCCCACUUUCCCACCCCAGCAGUAGAGGUCCCAACCCAUCUAGCAAUAAAUGCCUUGUGUUUGCUGGAAUGGUGGAGUAGAGGCUCUCAGUAACUAAUGAUAAUUAUUAUAUAUGGCAUUUCUUACUAUCUAUUUUAUGUUUUAAAGUUAUUUAAUUUUAUGAUUUAUUUCCUUCUCAGGCCCUCUAAGCUCUACAUGUCCGACUCAGUAAAUACCCCUCCUCUGUCACCUCUGGGUUCAUCUGCAACACAGUCAAAUGUACCCGUGACAAGAGCCCCUCUUGAACGAUCACCUCACUCUGUGGACCUUGAUAUCACACUUGAGGACAAGGAUAAGGUAUAAAAAGCAGCACUUUUUUGUAGCACUUCCAAACCAUUAAAAUCAGCCCCAGUUGUUCAUAAGUGGGUCAUGUGCCUUUGGAUAAGUGGCAGCCAAGCCAGGAAUUCCACUGAUAGCAGUUAAUUUGUGGAACACUGUGAUCUCCAUGUUUUAGCAAUAAAAUGUACGAUUAGAGGUGUAGAAUUUAAGGGUUGCAAUGGUAGUGAACUUACACUUCAGGACCAUAAAAAGUGUGGCCAUAAUAGCCUUGUAGCCAUUUACUGCAGAGGUUUAACUAUAUUUUGUUGCCUACUUUGUUUGAUCCAGUAAAAACAGUCUUUAAUUAAUUUUAUUUUGCAAUAAAUUGCGGUUCUCUAAUAGUAUAAGAAACGAUAAAAAUAGAAUAAUUAAUUUUGGGCAAGGCACUUAUUUCCAAAAAUAAUAGUGGUAUUUGAAGUAUAAACCAUUAAACUUAAUACUAACAAAGCAGUGAUUGAAGCUAAUAAUUAUUAAAAUGUGAAAACUAACAAUGAUGAUCUGGCAUAACUUAAUUUUCUCUUUUAAAGCUUAUGAUACUGUAGACAAGAUCAAACAGUUUUACCAAAUAAGGUCUGGUUGAUCAUCAUUUCAGUCAGUGGACUUAAUCAUGCUAUUAGGUUAAAUAACAGAUUAUCCUUAUAAUGAGUGAUGAAAUUUUUUGUCAUUAAUAUUUUGUAAAAUUGAUCAAGAGUACUGGCUUGUCUGUAAACUUUUAAACGUUAAGUUGCCUCACUAAUAAAGGCUAAUACUUAACUUCUUCAAUUCUUUUAUUGCAUUGCGGAGAUUAAAAUAAUCAUAAAAAAGAAACCCUGUAGCAGUUCCUCUCACAUGCUGCACCCCUUCCUGUAAUAAGAGAUAAUUACUUCCCUUAAAGCUUUAAGCUCAUGCCUAACUUUCAUUUUUAUUCAUAUCUCUAAUGCAUGCUAGAGUGGAGCCUUGCUUUACUUAAACCAAGAUUUCAACUGAGGAUUUAAAAUGCUUACUCUUCUUUUUGCAGUAAGUUUCUUCUGUGCUAAAUGAUAUAUAGAAGUGAAACAACAUGUAAAGCCAGACAUGUUUUGACCCUUAAUUAUUGAGACGCUAUUUCAACUUACUGACAACCAUAUAAUUAUAUUGUACAGUCAAACACUUUGCUCUCUGUUAUAUGUUGCUGUUAUGUACUCAGUUGUAGUACAUUUAACAAGAAACAAAACAAACAGAUUAGGAAAGUUUGAGAGUAAUUAAAUAACUGCAAACAUAAUUUUUUUUAUAGCACCCAUGUGUCAAAUGUGGGAAAUUGAAAUCUUGAAUUUAUCUAUAUAGACUUGCAAUGGCCGCCAUUUAUUUCAGAGCUUGCAAGGGAACUUCAUUGUUGUUUUGUAAAGGUGCAGCUAUAGUUACUCACAGCAGACAGAAACAAUAACAUCAUAAAACUAUUAGAAGCAGCUUUAAGUUUAUGACUGAUAAUUUUGUGACAUACUCCUAAGGUCAAUAGACAGGAAAAUCUUAGCCUGUUUAUUUGAGUUACUAUUAAAAAUUGUAUUUAUCAAAUAAUACAGUAAUAAAUAUUAAUAUUAUUUGUCUCUUGUUAAUAUUUAAUAAUUGCAUCAGUGAAAAUUAAAAAAAAAAAAUAACAAGCAAGCAAUAAAGAUCAUUUUAUAACUGCCUUUACUAAAGCUGUAUAAUUAGAAUUCACAAGUUAUUUAGUUAAGUCGGUAAACAGCCUACCAUCAGUAAUUACUCGGUAAUUGUUAAAGCUUUCAUAAGGACAUUUAGGUUUCCAUAAUAAUAAUAUUAUUUUCAUUUUAAAUUUUAUACUGUUUUGUAACACCUUUACUCAAAUAUUUUUGGCACAGAGCUUGAACCUGGAAGGAGAGGAUAACUUAACAUAAAUCAUAAAAUUUUAUGUUUUUAGACCAAGAAUGGGUGGUGGUAAAGGAGUGGCCGGGAUAUCGUCUUGCUUUUCUGUUUCACUUUUGUCUUGUAAGAUUAGUAAAAUACCCAGAUUUCCAGGAUUACAAGUGUUUUCAUCAUUAAGUUGUUCUAGAAUAGUGCUUUAAAAACGUUGCAAGGUUUUGGGCUUUCUUAAUAUUCCCCAUUCCUUCUUAAAAGGCCUUAGUGAUGACUUAAUUGGGCGUCCUUUAAAUGUUGUUGUGUCUCUACUUCAUUUAGACACUUACUGGAUCAACAGACAUACAAGACGAAGAUGAUGUCACUGAACUUUUGAAUGCCAUUUCAGCAGCAAAUAAUACCCCUGUGCCUCCCACAGAUAACGUCAAAUCCAAACCCAAGCUAAACAAAAGAGACACUGAUAUAGUGUUAUCCUCUUUACUUGAAUCACUGCAGCCCCCACCCUCACCCCCAGAGUCCCUACGGUCUGUGGACCCCAGGGAGUUUGACUCUCAGUGGGAGAGUGGUUACAGUGACAAUGAAGCUCCACGAGAUCUUGUUUCAAGUAAAUCUCGACAAAGUUUGGAGAGGAACGAUUCUCAGCAAACUUUCAAUUCCCUCGCUGUUCAACAUAGUAUUACAAAGCAGCUGGAUUCUGCAUCAGAUAAUGACAUUACAACUGACAAUGAUGUUAAUGACAGUAGCAAUGAUGGUGACGAUGAUGAUAUUGACAUGGAUAAUGAGGAUGUGUUUGACAUGCUGAGGGACAACAGUCAGCUUGUGAUAAGUAUGCUCAACAAUGAUAAGCCUGAAUCAACUGUGGAAGUAAACAAUAAUGUAGGACACAAAGACAGUUCCCCGACACCGAACACUCUUGAAGUAGAUGCACAUUCUGAUGUACCUCCGCCAAUCCCUACCACACCUCUUCCAUCAGAUGAUGACGAGCCCCCAGUAAAACCUCCACCAAGAAGGGAAUCACUUCCCAAGUUUUCAGGAAAUUCUAGCACCGAAGAAUCUUACUCUUCACCAGUUGUUAAUGAAUCUGUUAAUGGACACAGCAGGUAAUAUUCUCGAGAUACUGUUGGAUAUAUACCCCUCGGGUGAAGGGGUGGGGGUACUAGAUCAAUAUUUGGGAAGAGGUGAGUCACUGAGCUUUUGAAAGUCUGGCCCUGUUUAGGACACCACCCUCAAUGUUAUUAUCCUUCUAGAACAAAUGACAUAAUGAAUGCCAUCUUGUUUCAAAGUUAUUUAUUGGCAAUCACAGUUGAGAAAAUUCACGUUAGUCAUUGCUUUUGUAUAUGUGGAGCACAACAAAUUUCAUUGAAAGUACAAGUCAACUCAAUCAUGCAGGCAGUACCCUGUUUACAAUUAGAACAGACUUGCCCAAAAUUCCCUGUUUAGGGCAGACAGGUCAAAAACCAUACCCUUUCCAGCAGCAUAUCCCCAUAUAGGCCAUAUAAGGGAGUACCCCCGGGAUAUACAGUGGUGUAGACAGUAAUCCUUUUUCUCAGCUUUCAUCAACACUACUGGGGGUAAAAAGGUUCGGUGGCCAAAGCAGGGUGCAAAGAAAAUCAUUUUUACAGCUUGCUAUUCGGGCAAGCUGAAGCUAGCAUUUACUAGCCCAGACGUCAUUCCAACUAGCCCAAAAGCUUUUUGACAAGCAGAAUUGAUUCCACAGUUCUUGUUAUUCAAAUUCUCAAGACACAUCACUUGCCUCUCAUGCAAGUUAAAAACAAAAUUCACUAGCCCGAUAGCAAAAUCCACCAGCCCCAGGCUAUCGGACACUACUUUCUUUGCACGCUGGGCCCAAGUUAAUAUUCAUAGCAAGCGGUUUGCUCAGGUCCUACAGGCAACUGGAUUUUACAGAUGUGCUUUCUUGAAUGCACAGAUUACCUUGUUAUAAUGUACCUGAUGGUCUGUGAAUGUGAUGAAAUUGCACUGUAGGAUAUGACACCCAGUGUUGUGGUUAUAGGUUUCUCUGAUUUUCCUAUAAUUGACUUUGCUAGUAAAGUUAAGGCAGAGAAACAAAAAUAUUUCACAUCUGCCAGCUUUAAGUUAACAAUUUGCAUCCAAUGAAAAAAAUGUGGAUGUCAAAGACUUCAAAGAACUUUGAUCAGCACUAUGAUCUUUAUUUUCCACUUUUUUAUAGUGGUGAUGAAUUGACAGCUCCCUCAGAACCUUUGAUUGAUGUACUUGAAGGUGGUCAGUAUUCAGGAGAUAACCUUGCUGAGCUCAUCAGAAGUGUGAAGGAAAAAAUACUAUCUAACAUCCCUGCUGAAGAGUUUAGGGUUUGUAUUACUUUUAAAGACCUUCUGUUAGAACGUGAAUUGCUUUUUUCAUCAGUAAAAUUAUCAGUAGCUCAGAAGCAGCGAUGUCUUGGACAUGUUCAAUACACCUAAACAAAGUCCUUCUUAAAGUUUGAGUAAUGUUGCAGCAAUUUGCUGUACACUAUCACAGAAGAAUUAUAGACAACAGCUUCUUAUUAUGGUGAAACCUUGAUAUAAUGAACCUUGGUGUAACAAAUGAUUUUCUCUGCCCCAGUAAUGGUAAAAUAUAUGAAAAAAAACCUCGAUGUUACUAAACCUUGUAGCGAACAAAUUUUGCCAGUCCCUUGGCCCUUCAUGAAAUGAAGAUUCCACUGUAUUAUAUUUUCAUGUUUUAAACUAAAACAAGAGACAAAAAAAUUCUUUGUUCAUGUUUUUCAGCUAUAUGAGGGUGGAAACUGAGGGGAAGUGUCAUAGAAAUUUUCCAAGUGACAAUGACAUUUGUUUUGUUGAAGUUGACAAAAAACUCUGACUUCUUUCCCAACUUUGUGUUAACUUUUUUCUUGUAGGCCUUGAGGGAAAUAAAACAAACAGAUGGAUGUGACUCAGGGAAAAAACCAGCAAACAAGGAUAAAAACAGAUACAGAAAUGUGCUGCCAUGUAUGUUGUACUUAACUGCUUAUAAACAGUAAUAGCUCAUUUGAGUUCAUGAAGCAGGUGUUAUGUUGAUGCUACAAGCAGCCAUGCAAAUGCAGUGCAUGUGGAUUGAAUGUGGGGGUUGUGGAUUGGGGCACUUUUAGUUUCCCUUUGCUACCCACUAUCGAUGACCAAGUAACCUGACCGAAAAGGCUUUGCUAAUAGCAAUAUUGUAUUAACGUUACUCCAUUAGCUCAAUCUCUCUACUUUAAAAUUAAUCAGCAGCCCAUUUGGGCUAGCUACUAUUAAAUGGAUAAUCCAUCAACUCUUCACAUCUGUACAGUGAUGAGUAUAAAUAUAUAUCUUAUCUAGUAAAAGAUAUAGUAUGACCCUCAAAAGAUCAAUUUUCUAUUAUCAAAAUAUUUCAAACUUGUAUUAAUUUCGUUUUGGUGACAUGCCUGAUUCUAAAGGAAAUUAAAUUUACAUUUCAGUUGAGAAGACCAGGGUCCAAUUAUCUAGAGAUGGUGAUGGUGAUUACAUAAAUGCCAGUCAUGUGAAGGUACCAGUGGUAUACUUAAUUCCUUUUAGUAACAAAUGUUGCAAUCACCAAAACAAAUAGCUGAGGUAUUGAGUAGGCAGUAUCCAAAACUUACAUGAUACAUAAGCCAUGAGAUUCAGCAUCACUCAGCAAAAUACUCAACCAGUACUGAUAGAUUCAAGUUUGACUUUCAGAAAAGUGCUAAAAAACAGUCAAAAAGGAAAUUUUUUUACCUUGUAAACUUUUAUAUUAAUUUUACUUCUUUUGUUGCUUAUUCCAGAUUCCUGUUGGAGAUGAUGUUUAUCACUACAUUGCAACUCAGGUAUAUUUUGUUGAAUGAAAUAUUUCCUUUUAUGGCUAUAGGGUCAAUGACUGUAAAUGGUGACUUUUUUUUCGACUUUUCUUGUGUGAAGUAAAUUGAUCGAUUCUAAUUCUUUAAAGAAUCACUCAAAACUGUAAAGAAAUUCCUUUUUUCAUCUGGUUGUGACCUAGUAAAUUUUUAAAAAAUAGAUAGCCCCCAAUCUGGAAAAUUAUUUAAGAUACACCGUAUAUGGGAAAUGGUUAAAGGAGGGUUUAUCUCAGUGUAAGAACCCAUGUACUUUUUCCUUGUCUUACACCUUUUGGUUUCUUAAGUUCUUUAGUGUAACUUCUUUGUGUUCUUUGCUUUACAUCACCCAUACCUUUUACAAAUUUUUACAGCACGGAUUUGCCAUAAUGGGUGGUUUGUGCUUAAAAUUUGUUGUUCUUAUAUUGGUGUUCCAGGGCCCUCUUCCAAACACCGUACAAGAUUUUUGGCAGAUGGUCUGGGAACAAGAAGUUGUCGUUAUUGCCAUGGUAACACUAGAGCAAGAAGGAGGAAAGGUAUAUAUUAGCAUGUUUUCAUGGUCAGAUGGAGGAUAUCGCAGAAAAUACUUUAAUUUGAAGAUAUUUAUUCAGUAGAGUGUUUUGUGAAAAUUAUUAAGAUUCUUUGGAGGAAAAGCCUCUUUUGGAGCAUAGUGGAACUCUGUCAAUACAGACACCAAGGGGAUAUGCUACAAUCAGCUCAUGAUUGUGACAAUGAAAAUAGACUGUGUGCAGGGAACCAGUGUGUAUAAAGCAGGGUUGACGAUGAUAUGAGUGUUUGAAAUUGCCUGUGUCCGUAUUGAGUUGGUUAAUUUUAGAGAAUGUAUAUGAGCUUUUCUUCGGGACAAACAAAACUGUCCUUAUAAUAUCAUAAGGGUGUCCAUAGUAAGUGGGUGACCAUAGAGCAGAGUCCAUGUUAGUGUCACCACCAACUUCACUCUAGCUCUUCACUCUAGCUCCACCAUCAGGCAAUAACAUUAAUUAUACUAUUCAACGGGCAAAGAAAGUCCUGUCCUAUAUCCUGGGGUUAGGGGUUUUUGUGAAUUCAUCGGGCCAGUGAAUUCUGGUCUUAACUUGCCCAACAAGCAAGGCUAAGUGGCAUUUUUAGGGGAAUUCAAAUUAUAGAAGUACUGAAAGACAAAUUGCUUAAAUUCCUUCCAAUUUCACGUGGAUUGAAAGCUGUUUUUCAAGCUGAUCAUUCUGACAAAGUGAAAUUAUUUCAAGUAUUACUGCAAUGAAUAUAUAAAACAAGUAAUCUAAAAAAACUAAAAGUGCAAUGAUUCUUGGGCUAGUACAAGCCAGGCUUGCCCGUAGGGACAAGAUGUAAAACUGACUUUCUUUUAGCCUGUAGAGCUAGCCGUUUUUUGGUGGGUUGUUACAUUUGUGGCUCGUAAAGUAAUAGAUUCAGCUGCGCAAAAGCUAAACUGAGAAAGAAAAGGAAAGCAGUGUGGGAGGGGGCGAGGGGAGAAGGCGGUGAGAAAAACUGCCUGCAAUCAACCCCAUGAGAUUUUUAAAACGCCCUUCCAAUCUUGUGAGCAAAGGAGUUUGGCGUACACGUGAUGUGACAUGUUUUGAAGUCUGAUGCCAGCCAGCAAACUGUUGCUCCAAAGGUUCGUUGUUUUUUUUUGUUAUGCAAGCCAGUUGUUUAUGACCAUUUAAUUUUUUUUUGGUCUAUCGGGGCUUUCCGCUCAUUAUUUACCAGGAAUAAUUUUGUUUAUUGGAAUUGGAUUGUUUCACUAUCAGACAAAAAUACUGAUUUUUUUUUUAACAAAAGUCUCAUUUGGAGUAAAAAAUAAUGACACAUUGUAGGACAAAAGCAAAAGCAAAAGUUCACACACAAAGCAACUGUUGGCAUUGAGAGCUAUUUUUUUCUCCUUUUCCAGAAACAUUUCUCGUUCAGAACAGCAUGCUUGCUAUUAAGAAUAGAGUGCUAGAACUGCAGAACUUCAACUUGACGUGUCAAAUACUGGCGAUGAAUAUUUUUGAUCGAAGCCACAUUACAACAGUACUCCUUUGUAUUUUGUAUACACUGGGAAUAUGGCAUCCGCUGACAGGUUGACAUUCUGUCAGCCUAUCAGGAAUGCCGUUUGCUUAGUCCACUUUUUGGACGCAGUUUCAAAAAUCUCAAGGGGUUGAUUGCAGGCAGUUUUUCUCACUGCCUUCUCCCAUUGCCAUGGCCCCUGCCCCAUCAUUUUCUGUUUGGACCUCUGUUCAGAUUUUGUGCAGCUGUAACUCUUACUUUGCGAACCAUAAAAAAAAAAACAGCAAAAAACUGCCAGCUACACGGGCUAACUUUCUUUGCACCCUGUUUAUUGGUUGUACAUUUGUUUGAGAAGCCUGUACUCACUAGCGAGACGUGGUUAUGUGUAAUAAAAAUUAUUAUGUGAAUGAACUAGCGAAGUCUAACAGUUGAAGUUAGUAACAGUGGAACCUCUUUCAACAUUCUUUUAAGUAGACAACUCUACUUGAAUUCUCCUUGAUAAAAUCACGUUGCCAGUGGCUGCUUUUAUGGACAUUCCGUUAGUGGCCCUACCCAUUUACAGACCCUUUUCCAUGGGAGUCUCGACACCUGAUUUUGUUUUCUAAUCACAUAAAGGAGGUCUUUUUAAAAAGUGAAACUGAAUUUCAUGCCAAAAUUUUACUUUAAAAAAAAUCAUAAAUAGACUCGUGUUUUAGUAAAAUAUAAAUAUUUCAAGAUGAUACCAUGAUGUGUAUUUACACCAAAACUGAAAUCCACUGAUAUGAAAAUUUCGGUAGUUAUUUAAAUAUCAGUACUAGUUUUAUGUACUUUAUUUGCUAGUUUUAGCGAUUGCUGCAAUGUUGUCAUUUUCCCACAGGUGAAAUGCCAUAGGUACUGGCCAAACACUGAGGAUGAACCUGUAGUAUAUACAGAAAGGUUAGUGUAUGCUGUUUCUGCAACUGCUGCUAAUUAACAUAUCAAUUAUGCUGUCACCAGCAGCAUAUAAGGUUCUUGGAAAUCAGAUCAUUAACUCCUUAAACCCUAAGGUCAACAUUUAUAAUUUAUUCUCUGCACUAUUUUCCAUCUUUUUUGCUGUUGUGUACCUAUGUGGAGAAUUUGAAUUGUUAAACAAUCAGACCCUUUUUUGUUAGAGAUCCUUUCCUUUACUCUCAAGACCUUAAACCCUCAAGAAGGGUUAUUUAAGGACUAGUCAGAUUUUGGUCACUCUUACUGUUAGGGUAUACAGGGUUUUAUUUGUCUGAUAUCUUUUUUUUUUUCACCUUUUUACAUGACAGAGUAGUAUUGUUAUUCUAGCAGAGUAAUAUUCUUGAGAGCAUAAUGCUUGAUAAAGAUUGGUAUUCGGUGAAUAAGAUGCUGUCACUAGUAAUUAAUGUUGAGCUGUUCAAGCUAAAUAAACUAGCAGUUUCAGUUGAUGUUCACUGUUUCUUACUGUCACUCUAGUAUCACAAAUUUUUAGUCAGCACGUUGAAUUUCUGUUGUCUUUGUUUCUGCAGAAUAGCAGUAAGCCUUCUAAGACAGGAAGAUUUUGGUUCAUUUAUAGAGAGAGAAUUAGAGCUCCAUGACUUUCAGGUGUGCAAAAUUUGUGCAUGUAUAUAACUUAGGUCCUGUUUUUUUUUUAUUUUUAUAUAUUCAUACUUUUGAAGCUUUUAAAAAUAUUUCCUGGUACUUCUCAUUUAGUUUGUGAAUUUUAUGUUUGUCUGAUUGAGUGCCCCUCAAGCACUUUAAAUUUAUUAAGGUAGUGCUAUUUCAAAUAUUUGUGUAAUUCUUUCAGAGGAGUGCUUUGCUUAGACUUCCAGAUUUUUGAAGGUUUUGUGUUGAGGAAAUGAGCUAGUGGGGUGCCUGUGUGGUGUUUGAGAGAGAUGAAUGUUAAGCAGAAAUGGUCUAAUUUCAUUUUCUCUCUUUUAAUUUGUAGACUGGUAAAACCAGGACUGUUUCUCACAUAAACUUUAUUACAUGGCCAGAUCAUGGAGUUCCAAAGGUAUGCUAGCUAAUACUUCAUGCUUGUACUCUCAGGUUUUCAGCGAUACUAAGAUAAGUAUGUUUGAGACUCCACUUAUCCAUGGAUCCUAAUUGACAGUGCACUGUAGGCAUUUUCUGGGUAGCCUGCAUGGCAGACUGUGCAAAAAGGUGAAGGGGAGAGGAAAAGGGAGAAAAGCGUGAAAAGAAAAAGGAAGGGAACUUACCCUCUCUCCCCAAUCCCUCUCCCGAUCAGUACAUUUUCACCGAAACUUAAAACGUACCUUUCAUGACCAUAAUAUUUGUAACUAUAAUUUGUAAGUAGGACUUUCUUGAUUUUGUGUAUUUAUUCAUUACUUAAUUUUUGUUUCAUUUUUUUAUGCUUAGUUUUUGGUUGAGGGCCAAGCGUAUGUUAUCUGUGGAUUUCAAGUUAAAAUUCUCAUUAAAAAUCUAUCUAUCCAUCCUAUCAAAACCUGUUACGCAGGCCUUUUCUGGAUGGCACACAGACAAUUUUUCAGAACCAAAGUUUCUUGGAUGCAUAGAUAAUCAAAUUAUUUUACCCACGGUGCUCCACUACUAUGCAUUUUAGGAGUGUGGAUACUCCAAUUGAUACAGUACUGAUCCUUAAUGUAGAUAUUGCCUCACUAGUACCACACUUUGUUAACAUUAGAGUGAAUUUGUCUGAUAUCAUUCCAAAUUUUGUUUGUUUAUAGUCCGCUGUGGAGUUAGUAGAAUUUGUUCGAUUCUUGCGCCUUCUUGCUGAUGGUCCUGGCCCAGUUGUUGUUCACUGCAGGUAACUGAAAUCUUCAUACGCCUGGAAGUAACUUUUGAUUGUACCUGGUGUAAUUUGUAUUGAUUUUAGUAACUGUUCAAAUGUUUUGUUGAUCUUUCAGUGCUGGAAUUGGUAGAACAGGUGCUCUUAUCACCAUAGAUGUGGCAAUAGGUCUCAUGGAAAGAGAUUUACCGGUAUGCAUUACAACUUAUUUUGCAACAAAAAUAAGCAGUAAAAACACAUGGCAUUUUCAAUUGAUGACUGCAGCUGGCGUUAUGCUGUACAUACAAAAAAUCGUAACCAUUUUUUAAGGACUUUUCAAGGACCACAUUUGAUUUUCAAGGACCACCUUCCAGGAAUGUAAUUUCACAGAUUGUACAAAAAUGCACAUUCCCAGUCCAUUCUACCAGGACUUAAAGGCUUGAACUGUUUGCUGCACCAAAUUUUCUCUAUUUUUCAGUACUCUUGUCUUAAUUGAUACAAUUGAACCUCUCUACAACAGCCACCUUGGGGACAGAAGAAAGUGGUCGCUGUAGAGAGGUUUAAAACAAGAGUCAAUGCAUGGAUUUUUUGUCCACCGGGACGAAAAAAAGUGGCCAUUGUACAUGUAGAGAGGUGCCGGUUAGCGGAGAUUCGACUGUAGUUAAUUAUUGCAUAAAACAAAAAUCGCUUUAUGUAAAUCACCUAUAUGUUCUGUGUUGGACAACCAAGAAGCAUUAAAAAGCAUCUUACAGGCUACUACAUUUGAAGUUGAAGAAAAUUCAAGGACUUCCCCUAAAAUUCAAGGACUAGCAAGACUGUGCAAACCCUGUUACUUCACACAGCAGGCCAUUGUUGAAACAUCACAUCUUUUUGUGUAACACACAAAUAGAAAAUGUAAAAAGCUGCACCUAACGCUAGGGAGUGGCUCAUUUAUGUUUAAUCAACGGUCAGCAGUUCAGUACAUUGUAAUAAUUGAGUUGGGUGACAACCAUCAAUGCACGCGGUUUUUCUUUUUCACUUUUGACAGUUUGAUGUCAACAAGAUUGUGAGAAAACUUCGUGAACAGAGGCAAGGCAUGAUUCAAACAAAGGUAAGUGAAUUAAGAUCAUGUUGACAACAGCCAGCUACCCUUUGUUUUACAAAAAUUAAUGAUAACAUACCAAGGUUGAAGAACUAGAAGGCAAUGUAUUCUGUUUUGUUUUUUAGCACUAAUUUAGUACCAAACAGUUGUUUAUUCUUUGUUCUUUACAAUUUUGUUAUAGGACCAGUACAUGUUCUGUUACAAGGCCUGCCUGGAAGUUCUUAUGUCACUGACUGCCAGCUAAUUUACAAUUACCCCCCGGCGAAAUGUUUUAGUAGUUUAAUUUAUUUGCACCGUAAACGUCUCUUCACUUGUGGCAAGUUAGUUACAGAGAUGAGGGACAGUAACAUGUUUAAACCUCCAUGUAUCAAAAUACCACGGAUGUAGAAUAUUUUUAAAUUGAAGUAAAAUAUUUUACUUUACAAUAAAGUAAGUAGAUUGUUAAACAAGCUUAACCUGCAUAAUGUUAAUUUUCAUACCUUUCACAUCAUUCGAAAAAUGUUUUUAUUUUACAGCUACUGUAGUAUUUUGGUCUGUUUCAAGUUGUACUGUUAUAUAUUUGUUAAACUGACACUAAAAUAGUUGCCCAUUAAAGUAGGGAAUAGGGGAUAACAGAUCCCCUUCUGAGAUUUUAAUCAUAUUAAUUCAGUAUUUUUUGAUAAUAUUAUAAUAUAUGAAAGUACCAUGCAAAUUAUAAUCUCAUCAGUCUACACUUUUUAAACAAUUUGAACACCAUGAAAAAUUAUUAUGGAAAAUUAAUGUGUAUUUACUAGGGUAGUAGUUAUUUAUUCCGUUUGAUUUUUUAUUGAUUUAUUUAAUAUCGAUUUUUAUUUCUUUUUUCCCUGAAAUGAUAUUAAUUUUAUUCUGAUUCAUACGUGUUUAAUGCCUCGGUUUGUAAAGAGAUUCCUAUCUACAAUCUUUUUUGACCUGAAACCUCUAGACUGCUAGCACACCCUUAAGAUUGUAGCACAGGCAAGCUUGUUAUGUUUGCCCAUGCGACAAUCCUGAGAAGUCUUUGGAACCUCGAGUAAAGUUAUCAAAACUCAAAAGACUGAAGAUAAAGAUCGAUAUAUGAAGAAAACUAUCAUGCCACUGAUUUUUAGAGUGUUGAGGUGGUUACAUGAAAAUUGUGGGAAUUGGGGUGGGGAACUUAUUGUAAAAGUCUAGAUAUUUUUGUCAUGUGGAUGCAAGGGUCUUAGAUCAAGUGUUACGUGUUCAAACAAACAAGAAAAAGAAUAUUCUUCUUUGUGGAAAUAAAGC